AUAUUCUGAAUGGUUUAGUCGCUGCUAGCUGAGCUCUCCUGCAUCCCCCCCCUGAAGGGAAACACGAGAGGAGGGGGGAGAUGGUUGUGAUGACAAGCUUGCCUUUAGCAGACUAGGCCUAUGGGGACAGAAGUGUGGCUCUGUGAGGGAGCUCAGACCGUCCCUGAUCUUACAGGAGCAGGAUCCACUGUCUCUGUUUUGCCAUGAUCUCACUGACAUUAUUUGGACAACACAGACGGCUUCUGUCCUCUCAGCAGGUGAGUCUUUUUGUUUUCGACUCUCAUACUUUUAGGUUGCAGAAACUCUAACUCUCGCUUAGACUCCUCUUCUGCUCAAGGGUGAGAAUUUUUAUUCCAUAGGUUGUUUCUGCGUGAGAGGACUUGUUCAGGACCUUUCUGCAGAAACUUCUCCAGCGCUGGAUGCUUCUUUUUUCUUUUUUCUUUUUUUCCUCCCACUCUCCUAAAUAAGAUGUGUUCCUGCCUGGCCUGUCAGCGCUGCCAGUUCAUUUUCACUCCCUGACUUCUUCCCUUCAUUUGAAUCUGCUCUGCAUUCAUUGGAGAAUAAUGAGAGUCUCUUUGCAUAGUGGUCUUUAAAAAGAGGGGUUUUCUUGGAAGGAGCUCUAAUCUCGUGUACUCUCACUUCACAUUGACCAUGUAGGGACAGGUCUUACAGGAGCAACUAUGUGCAGAAUUACAUUUACUAAAGACUGGGAUAUGUUCUCGCUCUCUGCAGGAUUUUACAGAAUCUGGACUCUUGUUACAGGCUCAUAAAAGUAACUGUAGAGUUAGAUUCUGUCCUUGUCUGUGUGUCUGUGGGGGUUUUAUCUGGGUAUGUCCGGUGUGUAUGUAUGCGCCUGUGUGUGUGAGUGUGUGCAUGUGUGUCUCAAGGCCAUGGUAAAGACGCUGGCAACUGCAGCUUUCUCACCAGCCAUGUGCAUAAAUUAACUUCUGCACCUUCUUUAUGCACUUAAAAAAGAGAGCUAUUAUGCUCUGGGAAUAUCUCAAAAAAUCCAACUUUACGAGGAGUUUUUCGAAGGUAUGUUGAUAACAUUCAGCAUUUGUUUUUUGAAUGUUGCCUGGCUGCACUGUUAACAUCUGAAAACGUCUCCUGAGGACAGUCUUUGUGGUUUAUCCGGCUGAUAAUCAUCUGCUGUUCCACAGAAAUGCGAUUGUGUUUUUUUGUUUUUUUCCGGGUCUAUACCUCAGAUGUCUCGGACCUGUCCAAGGUGUGUUUUGAAGAGGGUCUUAAUGAAGGGGUGAGCGGGAUGUUAACCACAGUCACACAGGGACAUCUUCUGCCCCCUGAUGAAUGGUGUAGCCAGUUGUAAAUUAUCAGCCGGGGGAAGAGCGGUCGGAUUCCUCUGCGCAGUGAUGUCACCACCGCCGUGUGUGAAACAGAUCCAGACUUGAAGGGCUCAGUUUAAGACAGAUGUUGGUUUUCACAGCUAAGAGGGGGGCUUGUUCAGAGCGGGUUUUAGAAGCUCUGCGUCGCACUCUUGAUCAGCUCAGGAGAUACAAACAUGGAAACAUGAAGAGGAACGCUGUGAGAAGUUUGUUUUCUCCACCUGGUUGGACCUUUGUUGUCUAUCCGUGUUACAUUCCUUUCAUUUCUGUUUAUUUCAGGUUACCAGCGACGUGGUUUUGACUGAGCGUCUCGGAUCAAAAUGGCCAUCCUGUACAUCAGGCACAAGCACCUGUGGAUUUAUGUUUUGAAUUAUGAGAAACUGUAGAUUAAAGGAACAAUGGAGAGUCCAUCCGUGGUGAAUCUGGAGGGACACCCGUCUGGAGCAUCUUCAGGAUUACAAAAAUUCACGACACAAGAGCUGAACUCAGGAAGCUCCCUCCUGUCUGCUGAUGGCUCAGUGGACCACAGAGGGGAUUAUGGUCUCUGUGAAGCAGAGAGCUCGCUGUGGAAACCAGAUAAGGACUUCGAUCAAGUGAAGAACACUCAGGUUUCUGUCAGUCGUGGUGAUUUGGAGUUUGUGGAGGGUUUGUGCUUACAGCAGCCUGAACAAGUAUCAGUCGUAACUUGUGGGGCUCUUCUGGAUCUGACACCAGCAGCCACGAUUCAGCUUCACGAUGGAGGCGUUGUGUCCACUUUAGAUGAGUCAAAUGAGAAACUAUGUCCUGUUCCUGUCACAGAGGACUCCUCAGACCUCGUGGUUCAGAAUCAGUCUGAUCAAAUAGGAGACUUGAACUGCGGAUGUGUCAAAUCAGACUUUGAGGGCUUGGAGACGGUCUCAAACGGACAUGAUUUAAAGCCUCAGGAGGAUCUGUGCCCUGCUGUUAAUCUGGACUCCAGUCCUUCCCCCGUCCCCACUGCAACCGAUCCAGAUCCUGGUCGGAAAGUCUCAGAUCUCCCUCGAAUCAUCAAGCACAAACCCAGCUCCAUCAGCUUCUCAAACUACACCUGCGCCUCAGUAGGCGAUGGCCACGCUUAUGUCAAUGAGAGCUCAGACGAUGGAGAGUCUUCAUCAGAGGAGGAUCACGAUCAUGAUGACAGCGAUGACGACGUUUUCCUCGAGCUGCCCCAGAGCAGAGAGCUGCAGGCCAACCACAGAAAAAGGAGCAAAGGCAAACAGAAGAGGAGGGGAGCUGCGAGUGUCGCCAGAAACGGUGGAUAUGAAGCAGAGGAGGAGAGCAGGAACAAGGAGGUGUGCUGCUAUUUCUCAAAAUCACACACAUCUCAUACAUCAACAUCACAUGAACUAAAACAGUCAAGUAUUUUGGAAAGUAGGCUUCAACUAAUUCAUGUAAAAAUUAACCAAUUUAGUUCACAAUGAUCAUUUUUAUUUCAAGGUCAAGGUUAAAGUAAAAUGACUGAAGUGCCCACAAUAUACAGUAUAAUACAAGUUAUUUUAUUCUUAGAUAAUCGAAAAGUUAAUGAAAUAACAAUUUUAAGUGUAUAACCUAAGAAAAAGUAAUUAAUGUGCACAUUUCAUUUAGCUUUUACAAAAUAGGCACUGGUUAAUACUUUAGUUGUACAUGUAAAAUGGGAUUUCUUAUAUUCUAAAACAUCUUAAACUGGUGCAAAAGUUUAGAAACUAAUGUCCAAUUAAGUUAGAUUAUAUUAUACCCAUCCCUAGUCUGUGUUAGGGCUGGGUGAUAAACCGAAAAAUUACAGAUACCGAAAUUUACGACAACAACCAACGUCAUUUUGCCCAUAUCAAUAUAUUCGGUGUCAAAAAAAGAAAUAAAUGAAAGUUGGUUUUGGAUGUGUGUAGGUAGACUAUGGUCUCAUAUCCCUAUAAGACGCUGUCCUACGUCAGAGACAUGACUCCACCCCAUCCAGUCGGUAACAAAGAGGGAAAGUCGGGUGAGGAGAUGGAGGACGGUUUAAAAGUUGUAGCGACUGAAGUAGACGAAGUUAAUGUGGGAGGGGGCGAGAAGCUUGUGGAGUAGUUACCAUCCAUUUAUCGUUAUCGAGAUGAACUGCUCAAUAUAUUGUGAUUUGAGGCCUUAUCGCCCAGCCCUAGUCUGUGUCAUUUAAAACCUGAAGCCUUAAACUUGAAUACUGUGGCUUUUUAUAGCUUUGGUUCGGUCUUUUGUCGGUCAGUAUCAGAGUCUUUAUUUGCUCUUUCCUAUCAGCUGACAUCUCUGAGAUAACGCACAGAUGAUAUAGGCGUGUAAAGGAAUGCAAACAGCUUCUGCUUUCUCUCCAGACUCUCUGCAGACUCAGUGUUUUGACAUAACAGGCCGUAUUAACGUUGAACUUCGCCUCCCACUGCUGAACACUUCCUUUCUCUCCAACAAGUCUGAACAUAUGGAGUCUCUUUUUCACACAGCCCUUACACCCUGACCUUGGUUGUAACCAUCCUAUAACCUCUCAGUGCUGAUUUUUAUUGCCCUUUAAAAGCCUUUUGUGGACAUUCAUAGAUAUGUUCAAAUCUCUGAGUUAAAACAUCCAGUGGCACAUACCUGCCAUCCCUCUCUAAACCGUCUGCAGAUAAUGGAGCACAUGUAAACAGGGCAGAGUACACGACUGCUGGAGAUUAGCUUCUUUGUUUGAUAGUCAAGUAUGCAGAGGUAAAUGCCGGUUUAAUAUUUACAGAGAGUGGAAGAAUUCAGGGAGCUGCAGUGAACUUUAUCAAAGUAGAGCAGGUCAAUGCUUUUAAUGUCAUCACAAAACAAGAUCUGCUUUUAUAUGAGGAGCUGAUAUGUGGGCAUCACAACAGGACAGGGUUUGACUUCAUGGAAAAGACACUGGAACAAAAUAACAGCUGUUCUGUACUUUUAUAUGAGGAGGUUAUAUGAUCAGUGAGGAUAGAUAGAUAGAUAGAUAGAUAGAUAGAUAGAUACAUAGAUACAUAGAUACAUAGAUACAUAGAUAGAUACAUAGAAACAUAGAUAUAGAUAGAUAAAAAGAUAGAUGAAUAGAUAUAGAUUACUUCUGUCAUCAAGAGCAAAUGGUUGCUAUUUUAAAGAAACUAGAAUAUAAAACAUGUUUUCAGUUAUUUCACACUUUUUUAUAAGUUCAAAAUUCCACGUGUUCAUUCCUAGUUUUGAUGAUAUUGAUAUUCUACAAUGUAAAUAAUCAUAUAGAAAAAUAAAGAAAAGACAUUGAUUGAGAAGGUGUGUCCAAACUUUUGGCCUGUACUGUAGAAGUGUAAUGUUAGUGUGGACGGUGGCAGGUGGAAUUAAUAAUGUUUAUUCAUGUGUGUGCCCCACUUAGGCCAAUCCAGACAAAACGUCUGGACAUAAGAGUUGCCUAAAUAUAUAAUAAUAUCACACUUCAUAUACGAGGUUAACAUAAGACUCUAUUUUUACUAUUCUGUUUUCAUACUUAUGCAACUAUCACAUAGGUGCAGUAUCAAAAUUUAGCCAUAUGAGGGUGCUGUCUGCAUAGUGUUCCCACUCUGUGACUCCACUCUCCCCCCCGCUUGCAACAUUUGACUCAACUAUGACCACAAAAACCUUUCAAAAUCCACAUUUCCCCCCUAAUCCCUCCUCCACAGACGGGGCCGCGGCUGUGUUCAGUUGCUGUUUUGCAUUACAGGAUAUUAAGAGUGUAAUUUAUUCCUCCGUGUAGCCAGGUAGCCGUUGCCCUUUCGCAUGACCGGCUGCUACAUUUGGAUACCUCCAUGGUGAUCUGUGGCUCUCUCAGUGGGUGGCGCGAACUAGGCACCAAGCCCAGAGCUCACACACUUAACUCCUCAUUUCCAUGUCAAAGCCACUGUGUUGGGAUUCACAAUGUGGCCAAUUUGCGCUGAUAAAGUUAUAGUCAGCUCACAUUUUGUGUCCCCAGAAGAUAACAUUAAUGCAUUUAUCUAAAGGAUUGACUCAUACCAGCUCAGUUGCCAUGGUGUGAGGACUUCACACAAUUGCCGGGGCCGGAUCGAGGGGGAAAGGCAGGGAGAGAUGAAUCAAGGGUAGUGUCUCACUUGAGCGUCAGGCCUUCUCUGGAAUUUGUCUCAUUCUUAGGAGAAGUGUCCACAUUCCUGAGCAGCACCUUGUGGGGAUGUCACUGAAAAGAGACAGUGUGAAUGUGUUCCAGAUUUGGCUCCAGCAUGGGCCAGAAUGGGGCAUCUGUUUCUCACAUUUGUGUUUGUCUGACUCCAGGGGUUAAUUAGGAGUUCGGCUCACAAGAACUUCAACUCCUUUUAUACCUUUUAACUAAGGAUACUGAGAUGUCACAAGUUUAGAUUUUACCUCCUGUGUCUAGUGCACAAAAUGAACUUUUCACUCCUAAAAUCUGUGAAAAAUUUAUCACCAGUUUCUGGGUUUUGGAUGUUAUUCCAGGAUUGGUCCCUUACAUAACUAUAUGUAUGUAAUAUUCACCUCACAGAGAAUCAUUUUAGACUUUGGCGUUAAAUCACAUAAGUAUCUCUAAUUGUGAUUUAGUUAAAUAAAAAAAAAAAGAUGGAAGCAGUCAUUAAUUUGAUUACAAGCUUUUUACAAUGAGUGAAAAAAAGACAGUUAAAUUGUAUACAUCCAAAGACACUAAUUAUCCUCCUGCAGCAGCACAGAGAGAGAAAACAACAAUUAAAUUUAGGUGAGAUGUAAAAUAUACAUCUGUCUCCAUCUAAUCCAAAUCAUAAAAGAGCCACAAAUGUUUACGAACACAACUCUGAGAAAGCUGGGCAGCUGUUCAAAGUCUAAAUAAAACACGAUUUUGAUGUUUUUCCUGUUUAUAUAAACCCUAAAUUCAAUCAAGGAGAACAAAUCAAACACUGAAACUGAAAAAUGUUCUAAAACGUGGGACAAGGAGAACAAAACUGAAAUACUGCAAAGAAAAAUAAAGAAAAUAGAGUAAAUUUAAUGAAAAACUGUCUCAUAAUCAGACAAUCAUUUUUGAAAACAUGGAUGCUGUAUCCUCAGGGACCACCCCGGCUUGUUUUAUUGUCACUGGGCAGGGGUCAAAAGCCAGCAUUCAUGGUGGUAUGGAGUAUACACUCUCAGUGUCUGUGGCAUUGUAGCUUACACAUCUGGGAAGGCACCAUUAAUGCUGAGCAAUAUAUACAGAUCUGGCUUGACAUAUGAGGAGGAGUCCAGGAGCUAAACUGGCCUACCUGCAGUCCUGACUUCUUACCCAUUGAAAACACAUACAACUCAAGAAAUACAGAAGAAGAAGAAUCCUACAUCAGAGAAAGUUGGAUCAACAUUUUCACUUUUGGGCGCUUCAGAAACCGGUCUGCUUAUUCCCCAAAUGCCUCCGCAGAGUUGUUAAAAGAUUAGACAUCAUAGAAAACUGACCCAAGUUUUUAAAGCCAUUCGCUGGCUUGAGUUUCAAAAUGUGCAUCUAUUUCCACUGGUGCCAUACGAGCACAUGUUAACACUCGAGAACUUGAUCUCUCAGAUUCUUUUAACAAGUUAGAUGAUGAUUUUCUGGUUUUAAUCGGCGGUCACACUUUCCCAGGGGGAAAACAGAAACUGUCAAAGUAUGUUGGAUGAACUUCCAGGAAAUAAUUGUUUGUUUCUUUGAAUAUCAACCCGAUUUAUGAAGCCGACAAGGCAAGUUUAGGCAAAGAUUCAUCUUCAUAAUCCUUGUCGUACUUAUGCUGGAGUUGUUCAUUAAUCAGUGUCUCGUUUUAGUUUUUAGGAGAGUACGUUCAGUCAUUCAUCUUGAAAUCCACAGAUGUUGAGUACGAAAGUAUGUGAGGGCCUUUUAUUGUCAGCAGAAACAAAGACGUGAGCUGUCCAAACAAAGUGAUCUCAUGUCAAACCUUUGUAUGCCUUCGCUUUAGGGGCAGACAUAACAGAGCAGGGCAGCUUUAUUUUUUCCUCCCAGUGACCCCAGGUGACCCCUCAGGCCUCAGGGGUCAGCAGGGAUUGGCCAGAUUUGGGUCAUUCCUUGGGGAUUGAGUGAAAAAAGGCACUUUCACUUAAUGCGGGGUCAGUCAGCUGACACUGGGUGGUCAGCGGGAUGAGCGGAUUGUCUGGCGUCUGGUCCUUUAAUUCCUUACAAUUCAAGACCCUUAUGUAAUUAUGUCAGGUCCUUAACAUAGUUAUGUAAUUUAGACUGUCUGAGAGUGAUUUGCAGGGAAAUUGAUGUGCCAAAUUAUGCUGUAUUGAUUGUGAAUUAAAGAUGAAAUGCACUGAUGGUUUAAUUUGAUGUCUGACUGAAAGAAAAAACUGUGGAUUGCAGAGUAAAUAUGAACACUUAUGAGCCUGACAUCUUUUGGAUAUCUCUGUAAAUUUUUAGUCAACAGCAGCGGAUCACUUAAAGCACCUUAACAAGUUUUAUAGCUGUUUACAAAAUUUUAAAGGUUUCUCCAACAAGCCCGUCUUACAGGAAUGACACAAACAAACAGGCGUGGUGGGGAUUUCCCAGGAGAACGUUUAAUUGAUGAGUCCCGUCAAUGAAAUCAUUGUACAUUUUAAGGUUUUCCCGUUAAAACUGGGAAAACGGCGUGUGUGGCAGUUAUCAGAGAUCAGUUUUCCUUUUUAGUUUUAAUUCCAGUAAGUGCCUUUUUUUUUUUUUUCAGGUUUUUCUCGCCGUUUGUUGGUUGGUGUCCUCAGCUGUAAUUUUGACUUUCUGUGUCGGUUUGUUUGAGAGUGAAAAAACGCCACAGCAGGAGAGAAUAAAUAUCACACUUUUUAAUUGUUUUGUUCUGUCGGACAUCUCUAAUAUAAAAAACCAGUACAGAUGAUCAAUCAUCCAUCUGCCCCUGUAUUGGAGAAGCUGAAUUUCUUCUUCUGGCAUUCUUGAAAAGGGUCCAAAGUCAGAGAUCCUGCAGCAUGUGACCCUCUCCAGGACUUCACUGACAUGUCUCCUGUCUGUCAGAUGGCACAACAACAUUGUUAAUUUAUGUUUUGGUGACUGAGGUGAAUCCUGCUGAUUUAUGGGGCUGGACUAGGUCCUGCAGAUCUUCAGACACCGCUCCUGUCUGUGAAACCGCGGUCUAUUUAUAUACACGGCAUGUCUGGGGGGCAGUGAAAGCCAGUGCAGGGAAUUCCAUCAUGCUGUGUAUGGCACACAUGUCUGCGGUCCUCUUUUGCUCUUUCACCCUGAGACACGGCUGAGGAGAUCACAUUUCCAUGUGUCAUUCACUGAAGGAGCAUCUGCAGUUUACAAGAGACUUAUUUGGGUUUGCCUGUAACUCUUUUUUUGAGUUGAGGGCAGUGUGGUAAAUCCACAUGUGUUCUCACCUUACUGAGAACUAUACUCACAUGUUGUAGAUGAGCAGAGAGGGGAUUUUUUUAUUGACUUUACUCCUGGGUUCAAAUCUAUAUCACAACUUUGAAAAUCUGUUAAUUUGUUUUGUUUAAAAGUCAAGCCUGUGCAUAAAUUUAACAUUUAAAGCCCUUUCUAGAAAUAUUAGCAACUUUUUUACUACGUAAAGUGUUCUCAGUCACAUGAUCAAUGUCUUUUACUAUUUCCAAGCAACAGGGGGUGGCUCAGCUUACCCCACUCUCCCCUAUUUAGUGUUUAGCCAAAAUCGCGCUACUUGUGUCGUUUUUAAGGGCGUUUCCUCUGAAGAGCUCCAGUAGCUCAUUAGCAAGUCACCUCUGAGUUGUGGGCGGAGACAGACACACUUCUUCUCGCGUUAGCUUGUAGCCUAGCAUUGCCGGUGUAGCAGAAGUAACAGGUAACAUAGAAGCUAUUCAGCUCUCGGACACUUAUAUUUUUUGGUAAAAGGUGAAAGUUAAUAUCAUAAUUAGCUUUCUUACGAGCUUUACAAUCAGCUAAUGCACACACUUGCUGCGGGAAUUGGAUUUGUUACGUACGAAAUCUCACUGUAUCUGAUUCUGCCGUUCGCGUCUGUGAGAGAUUCACCGUGACUUUAAUGCAGAAAUACCUAAAAAUGCAAUUUCGUACUUUUCUCAUGAUAUGUCCUGUAUCAUCAGAAAAAUGCCAUAUGAACAUGUAGACAACAAGAAAACCAUGAUUUUGAUUGGAUUGAGUCUUUGAAACAAAUAAGUUUUAUCCUGUCUGAUGAUAGAGUUAGUUUGUAAAGUGACAGUUACCCAUUCUGUCCUGCAAAAGCCCUAAAAAUAGUCCUUACAGACUUUAACUGACAAAGCCCAGACUAUCGGGUAAGAAAACAACAACUCUCUGGAGUAUAUCAACAUGCCAGUGUAAGCUAAGUCUUAGUCCCCAAACUCCUUUAGCUGUUGUGUGUUGACUUCAGUUACAAAAACACUCACUAUCUCUCUGGAUCCCCACAGGAGUCUCCCCAGGUGAAGUCUCCCUGGUCAGCGUCAAUGAGCCAGCUGAUGAUGAAGCUGGACCAGCUUCAUCUGGACAUAGAGGAAGCUCUGAGUGCGAGUUCCUCUCCCUCUGACACUCCCUGCACCACCCGCAAGAAACAGGUGAGUACGAGGCGCUCAAGUCAACACAGUAUCUCCUACAUUUUGGUAUAAACAAAGAAUGAUCUGCAUGUACUUUGUUUUCAUGCAGCAUGUGGUCUGCAGGUCUUUAUGAUUUCUGCUCCGUCACGGUUUGUACUGUACACAUUCCUGCGAGGCGUUCGCCGCAUACUUGGUCAUGCUUGUAAAACUCACUAAAUCAAUUUGGUUUGCUGUGUGGAGCGAAAUCCCAGCAGAUUGUUCAACCUGAGAGGAACAACAGGUGUUCAGCAGAACUGUAUGUCCUUAAAGGUUUAGAAAAUAAUCCACGUUAGCUUUAGUUUCACCAAAGAAAAAAAACACUCUAAAAUCAAGCACUUGCAGUCUGUGAUACCGGUAAAUGAAGGGGGAAUUUGGAUGUCUCAUGAGCCGUUAUUAUGUCUGCGACCCACCAUAUAUAGCGCCGCAGUCCCACCGCCACACUGCGGGCUUUGUGAGGCCUCCUUAAAGCGACUCUCUGACUUGAGAGUCUACUUUAUGAUGUAGCUCAGCAGUUCUCAGAUGUGAUACUGCGGCGUACAGUGUUCCAGCGGGGUCAAAAUGGUGUGGAAGGAACAGACCGCUAUUGUGCUCCACGGCUUAUUAUUGAGACCAUGCAACUCUGUUCUUAAAAAGGGGUCUUCUCAUGGUGGCAUGUUUCAUGAAAUAUCCCACUAGAGUUAGCACUGAGGAACAAAAGUGCUCUUUUGGGCUCCGUAUGUAUGAAGAACACAGAGCUGCUAUUGUGUUGAAAGGAGUUUGUAUGAUUUGGUCCAUUAGGAAUGGUAGAGAGGCGCUCACAUGCCUCCAAGGCAUCUGCAUAACCAUCCCAGGCAUUCACUAUUACUUGCUUUAACUAAUGACAGGCGACUGGGCAAGACGAGACAUCUUUACUGGGAUAUUUGACAAGGUCAUAAUCUCUGUCCUCUCCAAAGAAGAUCCACACAUACAGGCUUCUUUGUGUGCGUCUGUCAGGCUGAAUUGAGAGUGGAGAUUUCACUUCCCCAGCAGUUGACCUCAGCCUCUUGUUUUCUUUUCCCCUGGCCACCGUUGAGACCAUCCUGUCCCCAGCCAGCCAGACAGAAACAGAACCGGUCCUGAUUGUUGUUGUGAUGUUGUUGCAGUGGGCUGCUGUUUCCAAGUCCACGUCAAACCAAACUCCGACCCUAAAAGACCCGGUCCUCCAAAGACCAGAAGGAGGGGAUUGUCCGAGCCAGGACAGGUCUUCAGCUCCUCACAGAAGCUCAGCGGAAAGGAAAGAAACGACCAAGAAAACGGUAGGUUUCUCUGAGAUUAAAAGCUUCCUGUAAGUGACUCAUUCAGAUAGUUUGGAGUUCAUGCCAAACUUGCCUCUCUCGACUUUUGUCCAGUGUUUAUUCUCACAGCUCUGAGAUAGUGAAAGUCCUUCAGUUUAUCUCUGCAAACUGGUUACACUGAAAGUUUUUGGUUUUCCCAGCUCAGAUCUAGCUUUAGCAUUCUUUGGGUGACUUCCAUGACCUUAUUUCCUGUAAUGUCAAACGGGUUUUUAUCAUCUGCAGCUUGGAGGUUUUUUUUAUGUGUGUGCAUCCUCAGAUUACUGCCUUUGAUACAAAAAAAACGAACAUUUUGUUGUGAAAGUGACUGAUUUUAAUUCAAAUGGACUUUUAUGUCUUUGUUGUUAAAACUAGUUUGCUUUUAUGGCUUUUGUUCCCGGAAAGAUGCUGCAUGUUUCCUCAUCAUACCACAGGCUACAGAUGUUCAUGUGCAGCUGUAAUAGAGUGAAGAAAUCUGCAAAAAUAGAUGGAUUUGUCCUUUGGCCAGAUAUUUACCUAAGCUGAUAAAGAAUCAAAUCCCGUGAAACCUUCAUUUCACAUAUUUGACCCUUAUGUCAGGAGGAAAAAAACUGACCCUGACAAUGCCUCUGUAGGAGUGGAUGUUUUUUAAGAGAAAUCCCUCACCAGUCAGCUGAAAUUCUGACAUUCCCCCCUCUGUGCAGCUGCUCUUCCCCUCUGCAUCUGUAAAUAUUUGAGGUUUGUGUUGGGAAUAAGGUCAGCUUAGGCAUUCUUAAACAAGCAGGACUCACUUGUGCUGGACAAAGUAUAUAAAUGUCACUAUUGAAUGGCCCUAAGAGAAACAGACAACUGAGGGAUUUGCAGAAUGCAGGGCGGGUUUAGACUCAAAGCCUUUCAGCUCGAGCUUUGUGCUGUUCUGAUGGCUGUGCUGCAGCGUGAUGGAAAAACAACCUGCUUAGAGGAGAAAAUUCUGGUUUACUGCUCAGAUUCACACUUUGGAAACAUGCUGCCUUUCUAUACAAGUGUUGUUUUUUUCAUGCUCUACACUUACUGCAGUUUGCAGACUAAAUGAAAGGGGUGCCAGGGAGCUGAGCAGAGCAGAGGAGGAUUAUUUUGUCUAGGGGAAAAGAGUCCUUCAAAUAAAAUUAAGUUUAGUUACCACCUGUUUGUGUGGAAACCAUAACCACCUCUUGAAAAUGACAGCAGCUUGGGCUGAAAGUCGGCUUGAGGACAGGUGGGAAUGUUCACAUCUGUUAAAAACAAGUGUAUUUUGGCUGCAGGGAAACCUUGGUUAUAACGAGAUCACAUGUUAGUCAGUGCAGACAUGUUUCAGGGGGGGUUUGAUAAUUACAUGAGUGUCGUUUUCAAGAGUUAACACAAUGAAUUUCACACAAACUGAAUUAAAUUUGUGCGUUUGAAGAAGAUGAUGGAGAAACGAGAAGGAGAAAGGAAAAAAGAAAGAGAAAGAAAGGAAAAGAGAAAGGACAGAGAAAAGAAAGAAAAAAGGAAAAGAAAAAAAUAGAAGAAAAAGAAGAGAGAGAAAAGGAAAUGAAAGAAAAAGAAGAAAGGAGAAAGUAAAAAAAGAAAGAAGAAAAGAAUGAAAAAGAAAGAAGAGAGAAAAAAGAAAAACAGGGGAAAGGAAAAAGAAGAAAGAGAGGAGAAAGGAAAAAAGAAAAGAAAGAAAAAAGAAGAUAAAAAAGAAAGAAGAAAGGAGAAAGAAAAAAAUAGAAGAAAAGGAACAAAAAAAUAGGAAGAAAAAGAAGAAGAAAAAGGACGGAAAAAGAAGAAAGAAAAAGAAAAAUAAGAAAAAGUUGGGAAAAAGGAAAGAAGACCAAGGGUUAAAUUAAGAAAAGGAUGAAUAAACUGAAUAAUUGCCUUUCCUUUUAAGUUUGUGCACAAGUGGGCUGUUGGUGUGGUCCAGCAGUUAACCUGUCAUAUGGACUUUACAGAGGCUUUAGUCCUCAUCGCAGCACUCACAGGUUUGACUCGCAGCCAUGACCCUGUGCUGAAUGUCAUCCCCCCACUCUCCAUUCCCCACAUUUCCCAUCCAUCCUCAGCUGUCCUACCCUACAAACAAACAAACAAAAGAACAAGUUUGUGCAUUGGUUUGAUGGUGAAUGCACGGAUGUCUUAAUACACAGAUGUCAUUGCACACAUGCAGAGAAAUUCUUCCUCCACCACCGUCUCCUCUGAGUCUUACAUAAGAGCUCUGCAGGCCAGAUGAAUCUUCUUGCCAGCGGGGAGUGAGAAUGUGAUGCAGAUUGAAUCUCAGUUUCUGAGUCCAGGAAUAAACCAGACUAAUGUGUGAGCCAGUACACCCUGCUGUACGAGCGGUUAAUGCUUUACUGAGACUGAGCUUUUAUACAAGUUAUCUAGUCAGAGUUAUGGCACCUGCCCGGCGACAACCUUUGACUCUCUCUGCAGCUGCAUAAUCUUUGAAAAUAGGGAUAUUGUGUAUACAUGUGUUAUACAGAUAUUCCCUAAGUUUAUUUUAAAGCUACAGAUGAUAUUAUUAUCCCUGUUGUCUAAUUCUAAGGUAGGUAAAACCAAAUAUUGUCAAAGUUUUAUAAGAGAAGACUUAACUUUCUGUCACUGUGGAAUAGGGAUGGAGUUUUGCUGAUCUCUAAUGUGCCAAUAUUUUCAAACACAUUUUGGCCAAUAGUACAGUGCCCAGCAUAAGUCAUUACACCCCCUAUUAAAAGUAAAGUUUUGACAAAGCUGAGUUUCACAGAACAUUUUAUUUACCAGGGGAUGAAAAUAAGGGUGAUAUGGUAACUAAAAUGUAGCUUUGCUCCCAGAGCUUUGACUGGAGUGUACUCAUUUUUGCAUCCUGAAAAAAAAUACUUUUUUUGUAUGCAACUUAGAAAAUCUUGUUUGCAAUCAAUGGCCUAUGUUUGGGGGAGUAUUUUGUUGUAUAGUCUGACAUAGAAGAUGUUGAUUUUGAAAGGUGUACUCAUUUAUGCUGAGCAUCUGCAUUGAUUCUAGUUUAUUCUUCUGCAUUCAGUGUGCACUCUCCUUUAUCUUCAGCUUCUGUUCUUUCUGUUCAGCAUAAAGCAUGUUGUAGACCAACAGGCUUCAAGUGCUGCAAAGAGACCUAUUUGCGUUGAGGAUUCCUCCUUUUAAUUAGUGUUGACAGAGACAGACAGAGCGGAGGACGUGCCGCUCUGUCAUCCCGACUGACCGGUCCUGUCGCUGCCCUGUUGACUCUCAGGCAGGGUGUCAUUUGUGCUGGGACAGCAGCCAUCAUUCACCCACACAGACCUGUCACUCCCUAUAAACAGUCUCUUUGGUGUAAGCAGGCCUGAAAGAGAGAGAGAGGGUGCUGCUCCUUACAUGGAGGAUGUCACUUUUCCUGACCUGCAGCCUUUGACAUGUGUCCGCCAUCUGAGUGGACAGAAGCAGGCCGGUGUAGUGUGGCUAAAGUGGGUCAGAGCUUGAGAUACGCCAAGAUGAAAUACUUUUAAACUAGAGAGAGAGAGAGAUGCAUUCAAGUCUUUGAAAACCAGAACAUCCCCGCUGGGUCCCUGCAUCUGGUUUUUGGAGCUCAAAUAUUCACCAGCCUAUUUCUGAAACUGGGUCUUCAUCUGGUCCUCUGAGACUGGCUUAUGUUGUCCAUCAGUUUUACAGAGACAGUCAUAUCAAAAGAGAAGAAGGAGCACACAGGUGUCGGACCUGCAUGUUUCCGCACCUUAGACACAGCCUUUGAACUGUUACACAAGUGUUUGGAUAUGUGAUGAAAUUCUGCCAGACUGUGCCAAAUCUCACAGUCAAUAAUGAGGGAUACAUCAGUGGCUGCGCCUCCGAGUUCAGAGGCCCCACUCCCUUCCGCCGUAUUUAAACAGAGGUAAAAAUACACUCAUAAGGUUAUGAGUCAUGUUAUUGUAGCCUGUUUUCUUGUUUCUAUGUUGAGUAAGAGGCAGAGAGUCGGGAUUUUGUGCCUGUGGAUACCAAAGUGUUGGAGCCAGCUGACCCUGGAGCUGCGAGGACACUCCCUGGUGGUUUAAGGAGGACCCUGCCAGAGUCUGUCUUUACUUUAAAUCGUCUUCUUCAUCUGAAGAAAUCAAAGAUAGACUGCCAAGACGCCCGCUGUCCUCUGACCUGGUUUAGCCUGAAAGUGUCAAAAAGCAUGUAACGAAGACCGAUUGCACACAUGCUUCAUACAGGGGUCCAGGUCUGUUGCGUCACCACCAUCAUGGUAACUGUAUCGACUGCUUAUGCAGCCGAGAAGGUUUUUCUGCUGCCAUGACAACCCCAGGGGGCCAUGGCCUUGGUGAGACAUGCAGGACACGACUCACUUAUUCUGCAUGGUCUAACUUAACAAUACAACUUCUGCAAAUGUGCACAGAAGUUUAAAUCAGCACCAUGUGGACCGAUGACCGUUUGACCGUCCUGUCGCGGUGUCGUAAACAGUCAGGCUGAGAGAAUUUGCUGCAUUUUUUCCCUGUUGGGGGCUAAAUGUGGAAACAGGGCAAGCAAACAAGAGCGUAAAUCAGACCAGUGGGGCACAGAGGGAAGAGAGUUUUGCAAGAGAGGAGGAACAACCAUGACCGGUCCAGAUCAGGAAGAAUAUCUGUUGAAACUAAGAAUUCGACUCAACUGAGGUAUUACUGUGAGGUUAAAUGUUUCAUCACCUCCUUCCAUGUCCUUAAACCUUGCCAACCUGAACAUUAGGUUAUGUGGCCAAACAUCAAGUCCUUAAAUCUGUAGCUUAAAGUUCACAACCCGUGUGUCCUCUCUGCUUUUUCAUUUCAUCUAGUUUCAACAGACUGUUAUAAAAUGAAAUGAUGUUCUGUGAUUUCAAGAUUUAAACCCACAUAAUUGGACAAAACUUAAAAUUUGUUGUUUCUUCUUAAUUGCAGAUGUUCAACAAGAUGACCAACGCAGCAGGUGCAGGUAAGACAUCAUAAAUGUUACCUGUGUUACGCUUUUGGGUGCAUCACACUUGCAUUAGUCACACAGAAGUGAACACUAUACAUGCGGCGUGAUUUUUCUUUUUAUACGAACAGAGCGGAGAUUUUAAUGCACAUGCACAUCUGUCUUAUCUCCUUCUGAAAGUUCAGUGCAUGCUGGAUUAACAUGGUUAAACAGGGAGAUAAUACAGAUGAGCAGCUAUCACAUCAGCAACAGCAGUAAAUUAGUCCUAUGUAGGAAUACAUAGAAAUUAGAAAUAUCAAUAUACUCAUUUAUAUGUCAGAGACUAAUUUAAGACCUCUGAACAUUUGCUUUACUCUACAUUAACUUCCAUUAAGAGAAUUUAUGGUUCUGGUGUUUAUAUUCCCAGAGAUUAAGCAGACGUUUCUCAUCAGUUCAGACCUCACACUAAAUUGGAAACGCUGACUCAACAAGACUCUUAAUCAGCUUCGUUAAAGGCAAUGAGGUGAAGCUGAAGCCAGCUUUUAGCUGCUGACAAAUGGUUAGAACACACCCACUCGUCUGUCAGCUUGGCUGUGGUCCCUAUUAUGCAAAUUUAUGUGUUACCCUCAGCAUUUAUGAGGGAUGUCCCAAUAAGAUUUUGAUAUUGGAUAUCAGUCCAAUAUCAGCCAAAAAACAAAUAUCGGAUUAUAUCGGCCUGCAUCUAAAAUCUCCGCUAUCAGCACUCAGAUACAAAGCAGUCCAUUCCAGACUCCACUCCGGCCCUUCUAGCUAGCAGCUGAAAGGAAUUAAUUGCCUUUUGCAGCCUGCCUCUAGUGGACACUUAAGGCACUGCAGGUUUUAGAGCUUAAUCUAGCGUUAUUUCCCACACAGCCUUGAAUAAUUUCCCUUACAGGGCCACAAAAUAAUUCAUUAAUGUACAUCUAGUUUCUUUUGUUUUUAAAACGGUGGUUAAAAAUAUCUUAGAUCAAACUUUGUGUCUGAAUUGUUUUAGUUCGAUCUGUGAGAGACUCUGCUCAGUCUGUGUCACUGCAAUUAAAACAUCAUCGUGUUAAUCUCCCUGUGAGCUCCUGCACUGUGCCCUGGCCUGUGCGGUGGCUUUGCUCAGCCUCCAAACAAUGUUAAUCAGACUGACGGCCACAGGUGUGUGUGACUCUGAGGAAUGUCCAUGCGUCUCUUAUUUUAAAGGCCUUGUAUAUAUCGGUCACUUGGCAGGAUGCAGUUAAAAUUAGGCAGCGUGCCAGAUCAUUGUUUCUGUUUUGCUGAGAGGAAAUAUUUGGACCCGUGUGAUGUGGCCCUUGGGGGGCAGCUGUGGGAUUUGGGUAGAUGCCAUUUUAGGCUCAGGUUGCACUCUCACAUGACCUCUGCUGUGCACCAUGGUACCGCACAAGUGGACAUUAUGGUCUGGAAAAAAUUCCAUGUCACUUUUAUGCAGCAGUUACCUAAUGUGUGGUCUGUGGUAUGCACUGUGACUGAUCGCUGGUCAUUCUUCACUGUAAUGCUUGGAAACCUGAGUGUGAGACCACCGAGGAUAACGUCAACAAGUUUGUCAACAGGGCUAUGAAAUUCUCUUGAAAGACAUUUAUCAUCAUAUUCCUCUAUGAUACGAUUUUCACUGGGAGCCACGUGCUUUCUCUGUCAGCUGGUGAUCUUCACUGACAUAAAUCACUGUCAUCUUUAUUCAGUCGUCCAGCCAAUAAGUUCAGUAAAUGUUAUCAUUGCAGUCUCAUGAUAAAAUAACUUGUCGGAUUAAGAUGCUAUGCAAAGGAUAACUCUGGCAGAGAGUCAGACACAUUAGGUGUGAUGUUCCCUGUUUGAGUUUUACAGCCGGGCUGAGGAGACCUCUUUUAUGACACGGAUACGAGGUGGCCAGAUGGCUCUGGGUAUUGAACAUAACAACAUUGUCCACCUCAUUAAAAAGACAUUGUCCAGCAGAGGAAAGCACAUUCUUUUGGUCCACAUCCAAAAUAGCAGAGCGGCAGAGAGGCAUUCUGUGCUAUAAAUGUGCACCGUCUUUUUAUUGCUCACAUAUGCACAUGGUUCCCAUUUUUAGUGCGUUUGCAAGUGCACAUGAUGUUUUCAUCAACAGCUGCUGGUGAAUUCUCGCUAAUAGCCAUAGCUGGAAACAAAGAAAAUAAGUGAAUUAAGAGGCUAAGAUGGUCAUGAGACCAAAAAGUACCAUGUUAUUUUAAUCGCUCUUUUCAGGGAGAUGUUUUUAAUGUUGCGUUCUUUGCUGUUUGUUGCAGCGUUGACAUUUUGCAUGCACUUUGCAAGAACGCUCGGCUUGUUUUGAUCAUGAUAAUAAUAUAUAGUCAUGAUAAUAAUAUAACAUAUUAUCAAACACUCCAGUACUUUGAUGAGCUGAUGAACUUUCUUUUGCAUGGUAAUAAUAUUUGAUUAGUAAAUUAUGAUACUUGGACUUAUGCUGCGUUCCAGUUACCUCAGAAGUCAGAUUUCAGAGCUGGGAAUGAUGUUACACCCGAGUUGAUGGCGUUCCAGUGAACAAGUCAGAAAACCAAGAUGGACGCCUACUGUUAGCCGUUGUUAGCUGUUGUUUAACAUUGUCAGCUGUCGUUAGCCGUUGUUAACUAUUCCAGCUGUAAACAACGCAUAACACAGUAUUUUACUCUUACAAACACCAAAGCACAGAGUUCACAGAUAGAUGUCGGGCAGUACAACAUAUACCACUUAUUUAAUUUUACAAAAACAAAACAGAAGUGCUAAUAAAUAAUACAUUCUGAGAACUUUCACUGUUACUCUUAACUGUUGAUGCAUUGCGUUGCCAUCUUGGAUUAUGAUGUUGUCGUCAAGUCGGGGUUGGUGAGGAUCGUCCGACUUUCCGUGUCGGAAAUCCGUCUUCUGGGGGGUGUUCCAGAUGUUCGUUCUGCGGUGUUCUUCAUCCACUACCAUCGAAGCCCCGUGCUUUAACACUUCACUCAUCUUGUAUUGAUAUCAGCAGCUUUGAAUCCUCUUGAACAGUCACUCACUUGUUUAAAUAUUUUUGCCUUUAGAAACACUUGAAGCGAUUUCUAAACCCUCCCCACUUGCUUUUAUUUAUUUAUUAUUAUACGAGGAAUUUAUGGAGAAAAAAAAACAACAUCAAGUCCUUUAAACCCUCUUGACUUGUUGUUUUGUUUUGUUUUUCCUGAGGCAGAAAAUAAAACCCAGAGCUCUAUCCCAAAACCGCAUAUGGAUGUGCUCAGAGAAGAUUUGGUCCUCGGAGGUGGAAAAUCCUAAUCCCCCUCCUCUCCAAUGUUUAUUUUCUGACUGCGUUACUCAACAUUUAUGGGGCAUUUUUCAAGUCCUGAGUGGAUGAUGAGCCAGAAGUGCUUUCUUCCCCUUCACACAGCACAGUUUGUAUGGAAAUCUCAAUUCCCUGCAGCCUCCUUAAUUGCUCAGUGGAAAUUAAUGUCUUCCUCUGGUGAGAGGAGGCGGCUAUGUUCAUCCCCAGAACCCUGCUGCUGGAUCUGAUAUUAAUCAUGGAGUUAAUUUACACUCCAGUGAUGAAAGCUUCUUAUUCAGGCAGGUUUCUGUCUCUCAUACAGGGAUGAAUGGAUUUGUCCUGAAACAUGUAUUUUACAGGGAGCAGACGUGAGCUUCAGAAUGGAUGUGGUUCUGCUUUAAUGCAUGGCUAAUGUAUGUUUUGUAAAUGCAUUUAUGUUUGAUAUAAAAAUAAAGACUCCAGCAGACUAGACAGAUAAACAGACAGUCUGCCAGGGCUCGAGUAGAAGCAGUUAUGCAGGACUGAGUGACUUUUGAACUCACAUAAAUAAAUGUUCCUGUGCUUUGUUAUGAUAAACAUCACCUUCCCAAACGCCAGUCUAAGGGAAAAUGACAUAAGUGAGGCUUAAACGGAACUCUGUGGCCCAGAACUGUCAGGCCAAAGCUUCCCACUCGGCUUCUGAGCUUUUCGAACACACAGACUCUUCGCAUUUACACAGAUCCUCCUCGCUCUGAAAGAAUAUGCUAAUCUACUCUCAAUGUGGAAAUCUCCUUUUGCUGGUUAUAAGGAAAAACAAAGACGAAACUCUGUGAAUCCCUCUGAGGCUGUAAUGUAAAGCCCUGCGUCUCCCUCGCCUUCACAUGUUAGUGUGAAUGACCCCCAGGAGAAAAGCAGCGGAGGAGAAAUCAAAGGAGAGUUUUAAAUGCAGACAGUUUCUUUUUUAUGUUACUUUCUCUGCCGAAAUUAAAGAAUCUUGUUUCAGACUUCUCUUAUUAAAGAGCAGACUAUUUUGGCACUGGUACAAGGAGUGUCUUUGACGUGUGCUCUGUGCUGUAAAAGUUUAAUCAAGUCAAAUUCUGUGUGCAGACUCUUUGGAGGUAAAUGCAUCCAAUGAGAGAAAACUCGGUUGUGGAGAUUUGAUUUGACGACAGCUCAUCAUAAAGACAGGGAUGUUUUGUGGCCAAAGAGGUCAUUGCAUGGUCUUACCUUCGCCUUAAUGCUUUUGAACUUCAUACGCCUGUUGUUCGCCUUUCGAGCAUUUGGUGGCACUUAUGUCUGUGAGGUGGACAGUUUUUAGCUGUAUUUUACCUCAUUUUUCAAGCGGUUGCUUUCCUCAGUAACCCAAAAUAUAUUAAUCUAUAUCAUAUUGAAAUUCUUCAUCCUUGGACUGUGCAUGUCUGACUAUUACUUUUCCAUUGUCCAUUUAUUAUUAUUGAGGUGAACUGCUCAAUAUAUCGUGAUAUUGAUUUGAGGCCACAUCGCCCAGCCCUAGUUUGCCUCUUGGUGUGACACUUCCUCUCAAGAAACAACUGUACAGAAAUAGUAGAUGGUCUUAUUUGCUUUAUUGCUCAUAAAGAUACAUUAAAAUGUUUUUGUCUCAUUGCCAGCUGAAUUCUCCUCGCGGGAGCCUUAAAGUGGGGCAUCAUAGAUCAUGUUUUCACUGUAGUUGUUUUCGCUUUACAGUAAAGACUGAGCUGAAUAACAUCCAGUCCUCUGGAGAGCUUCACUUGGCUGAAUGAAAACUAAAAACAGGCCCUGAUGAUUUUGAUUAAGUAGAUAUAAAACCAUUUACCAGCUUUAGUCUCUUGACUCCCACAGUGUGAGACAGUACAGCACCAGCGGUUUGACUUCUCUGUGCUUCCCCAGUGAGCGAGCAUUGCCAUAUAAAUCACCGACCCGCCUAUAGGUGAAGCACCAGUAGGGAUUAUAUAACAUCUAUAGCUUCUGAUGUAUAACAGAAGGGUUGUCUUAUCUGGUCUGGACUCCCCAGCUGCUUCCAUAGUCCUGGUCUCAUCCAGGGGGGCUGCUGGGGUGGAGUGGAGGCCGACUGUGGCCCUCUGACAGCUGCAGUCCCUCAUGAGGCCUGGUAGGGACCAUAAUGUAUACAUCUUAAGAGCUCCAAAUAAAGGAAUAUGUAACAGCCAUGUCAUCUAUGGUUGUAAUCAGUACAUCAUGUACAACAGUAGAGGGGGGUCUGGCAGUCACGAUAAUGAAAUUACUUGUAACUUUGGAUGUUUUGUGCUAAAAGCAGGAUUAUUAAAUCUGCUGUACUUCAUCUGGUUAUGACCUCUGUGCUGUUAAAUAAUGAAAUCUCUUUUAGCUUUGACAAUAGAAGUCUCAACUUAGCUAAGAGACCCCGAGUUCCCAAGAGAAAAGGGAAAAGCUCACUUCAACAGAUAUGAUUAGAUAUCAACCUUCACUCUCUUUGAAGACUUUGAAACCCGACUGUGAGGAUUCAGCCAAGAACCGUUUAGAGCAAGACUGACUUCUGCUGGUGGGCGAGACGGCCUGGCCAGUCAAGUUAUUCUAGGGCUGGGCGAUAUGGUAUAUAUAUAUACAGUUCACCUCGAUAACGAUAAAUGGACGAUAACUACUCCAAAAGCUGCUCACCCCCUCCCACAUUAACUUUGUCUACUUCAGCCGCUACAACUUUUGAACCGUCCUCCAUCUCCUCACCUGUCUUUCCCUCUUUGUUACGGACUGGAUGGGGUGGAGUCACGUCUUUGACGUAGGACAGCGUCUUAAAGGGACUUGAGAACAUAGCCUACCUACACACAUCCAAAACCAACUUUUAUUUAUUUAUGUAUUUAUUUGACACCGAAUAUAUUGACAUGGGCAAAAUGACAUUUUCGACAAUUUUCGGUUUAUCGUCCAGCCCUAAAGUGGAAAAAAAACUCAUUUUUUCGUUCAUUUUUGUUCUCAGGGAGAUGUGUGAUGCCAUCUGUCUUUUUUGAUUUUCUACAUUUAAGUUGUGGCGAGUUGGUGCACAUCAGCUUAAAGGCAUAACCUGUAGUUUUGAGCCAGCGAUAAAACAAACAUCAAGAUCUCAUUUAACUGAUUUGUAAUUCUAGCGCUGACUCUGAAGGGUGAUUUCUAAUUAACUCAGCAAAACACACCCAUCCCUAUUUAAAGGUAACCAACAUACUAGUACUGAUAUAUUCCUUACAGGGUUAAUGCACUUUGUGGAUCAGUGAGGAGAGGAGAGGCUCAUCUUUUUAGUGGUUGGAAACUUCUAGCUCCAUAAUCCAGCUCUUGCUAAACUCAGCUUUGAAGAAAAUAUCUGAAUUAGGCAGCUGUACCCUCAUGUUGCCCCCCCCCCCCAAAAAAAAAAAAUGUAUGUACAUUUGAAGUGGUUUUGGUACUGAAAAGGAUUUGAAAAGGUUUUGGUACUGAAAAGGAAAGACAACGUAGCAUAUUUUUUCCACCGCAGUGUUUGAAUAGGGCCAAGUAUUUUCUUUGCUCUGCGUCUAUUUAAAGACGAACCUGGACAUGGAGAAAAAAAGUCUUGAUUUGAAGCACAUGCAGGCUCGAAACGCUGCAGGAAAAUCCAUUUUCAUGAGAUUCUGCCGUUAUUUCUGCUCGCCGUCUGCGUUGCCCGACAGGUGCCAGAUCAGUGACAUCAUGCGCUAAAUUUACAACCCGCUCGUCAUUUGUAGAUGCAGCUCAGACUAUAAAGGGUGCUGCUGGCAUGACGAGAGCAUGAAAAAUUCCACACAUGGAAAGAUGGAAAAUGACUUGUGGUUUCCUGAGUGCAGAGGCCAGCGCGGCUGUUUGACAGAGAAAAAGAGAGGAGGAAAAAAGACGCUUGCUAGUAUUUCGAGACUUUUCUUUGUAUACACAGUCAUUUGUCAAGGUUGUGAAAACACGAGAGAAAGUAUUUGGUUACCCUGCUCAGAAGUUUUUUCCCGUUUUUAUUGCAAUUUCAACAUUUUCAUUGCAAUUACUCAUAAAAUAGCGCAUAAUGUCUUUUAAUGACGCUUCUAAUGUCCUUAUUCUGGCUGGGAUCAUCGUAUUCAACACUCCCAGCAUGUUUAUUAUGAAAUAUUAAUCAUCUGGUUUAAUCCUGUCAUCGUGUGCUUUGUGGGAAAACAGCUUUAUUAUUCUAAUUCUUACUUAAAAUCACACAACUCUUAGAAAAAAGCAGCUAAUAAAUCCAUAAAAUGACAAAAGGUGAGAGUGUUUUCUGUUUCAGGUCAGUGUGUGUGCAGAGGAAUUUAGGCCUGGCCUUUGUAAACUAAGUGGAAGGAGACAUGGGCAGCCGUGUCAGGAUGCAGGCCACACUUAGGACAGGACUGUGCAUGUGUGUUUUUGUGUGUGUCUGUGUGUGUGUGAAAGUAUGUGAGUGAAACAACACAAAAGCUUACAGGUUGGUCCAGUCCUCAGCUGCCAACCGAGAAGAAAGGCAGAAACAAGAUUUAGGAAGUAAUGAAGCAGGAAGGGCCACACUUAACUUCAGGAGCCUGCUGCACCAGGAUGUAGCGGCAAAGCAGUCAACAAGCACGAGUCCUGUUAUCUCUGUAGAGUUCGUGUGUGUGUGUGUGUGUGUACGUGUGUGUUCCUAUGAAUGCCCACAACUCUGCUGGAAAAUGAUCCAAACAAUAACUUCUUUCUCAUCCAGAGCUUUGACUUUGUAGUUCUUCGGCGCUCCUGCUACUCUCUCACACACACAUUUUCCGAGCCAAGAACAUUUCCGCAGGGUCGGUUUAGAUACAGUAACCACAUUGGCUCUGUCACCGGCCUCCCAAAUUUCCCACAUAAACCACAGAGAUUCCAGAUGUUGCAGGGAGGCAGAGAGUCUGCAGCGCUCGUCUCCUCAUGCUUGCAUUGGCCAAACACGUGGCCCCACUCACACCAAACACUCCUUCUGUCCUUCUGCAUGGAAGCAAGGCUAACCAAGCUACUGGAGAUUUACAUAGCUGUGCGCUUCCACCUGCGCCUUAAUAAGAAAACACGCCGUGAAAGAGAGGCUCUGUCCCGGGGCAGUGUAGCACUGCAGCUUUCUUGUGGUUUCAGACCUGAUUAAACAAUUUGGCUCAGCAAUCAAAGAGCAAUAGCAGGCAGAGGCAGAGCAGACUUCCUGCAUCCUCUCAGGCUCACCGGCUUUAAAAAGUUAAGGGCCCGGCAGGAGCUGUUUGUGUCUCAGUGUGAAAACAAUACCUGCACUGUGCUUCCAGCUUAUCACGGCUGAUGAGCUGAGCAGAAUGGCUGGACGAGGUUUUUACAGUGAGUCUACACAUGCAUCCUCCAACUUGUUGAUUUUACGUAGAAAGAGGUGGGAUUAAAGAACAAAUUUAACUUUUGUAUUACAGGCAAGAGAUGUGAUAUCAUCAUUUUUCUUGUGGGGAAACUGUUGUGAGCAUUUGGUGUGAAAAAACUUUUAUGUAGUAGUCUGGUUUAAGUGAAGUAAAUACUUUUUUUACCCAGUAUGAACCCCAAAUCCAUGAAAGUUGUGAUAUUAAUUGACAUAGUAAUUAAAAACUACAGAAGAGGAUUGGGGCCAAUAGGACAAAAAAAAAAUCAGAUGUAAUUUUUUUAUUAUUAUUAUGAGUUUAAAAUCAGAAUUCUGAGUUUAAAGUCUGAAAUUUGACAUUAAAGUCUGAAUUCUGGGAUUAAAGUCAGGAUUCAAAGAUUAAAGUCUGAAUUCUGAGAUUAAAGUCAGAAUUUUGAUUUUUUUUUCCUCAUAAUAAAAAAAAAAUAUCGGACCAUUUCUUUCUUUCUUUCUUUUUUUUCCAGUGGCCCUAAUCUUCUUUUGUAAAAAACAGAGUUUCAUGAUUUGCAUUUUUUUUUUUUUACUUUAUGCUUAAUUAAUACAGUUUAAGAGAAUAAAUCAAAUGUUGAAACUCAAAUACUGAAACAGAAAAGUUUUAUUGUUCCAUUAAUUAACUUUGAUGCAGCAUGUUUUAAACAAGUUUAGAAUUUGUGUAAAACUUAAAACAUGAGGGAACAUCUCGUGACUAAUAGGGUUAAUUUAUAACAGGUUCAUAACAUAAAAAGGGAGAGUGUUUCAGGAGAAAAGAUAGGAAGAGUUUCACCAAAAAACAGUUUCUACAAACACAGUCCAGAAACCAUCCAUGAUUUAGAAAUGUGAGCAGAUUAAAACUGAACUGAAGCAAAGUGACAAACUGUCCCGAGGACUGACAAAUAACAGUUUGAUAUUCUCUUCUCUUUUUUUAACAUUUCAUGCAAUACUUCAACAUUUUCAGAAUUGGAUUUGUAUUUUGUGCAUCAGAUGUUUCAUCUCCGGACAUUUGGGAGCGGGAACUGUGAUUCCUCUGUUUGUGAGAAAUUUGUCAUGUGAGAGGAAACUGCAGGCUACACUGUAAGUUUAAUCUAAAGCAGCUGUCUUUGUCUCCUUUAGUCUCCAAACUCCAUUUUCUCUCUGGCAACAGCGCUCAUCCUGAAAUAUAAACAUCCACGUCCUGUUUGAAAUUGGUUCGGAGGAGGCUAAUGUCAUGCUACAGUAUAUCAUGAGACGUAAUUUAUGAAGAGUUAGCCUGUCACUUUUACUUAAAGGUGAUUCAUGCAAAGAGGCCUUGGAGCAGAAUUUUCCUAUGUGAUGUGAAAUUAGUCCUUGAUGAAAAAGGAGAUUUAAAAACAGGUGGUAAAAGACGUAAAAUAAAAAAAAGAAGAUUAGCUUGUUUUACAUCUGAGAGAAAGAGAAAGAGUGAGAUGGAGGAAGUGAGAGUGAUUGAGGCAGAAAUGCACCUCUGUGAUUAGAUCCUUAUUGCUCUAAUAGAAACCAGGUGCCGGAUAGUGGUGUAAAUGUUUUCCCAUGCAUUUUUGUGGCCAUGCAGUCUUUAACAGAUCCAGACCUGACAGCAUUACAUGCUUUGUCAUUCAAUGAAACAAUAGCCACGUACGCCUGUCAUGCCAGUUUUACAUUCUCUGGGCCUCUUUAUACGAACGUUGACCCCUGGGAGCUUUUAUUUCUAUGGACACUUCAUCAAACUGAAACAGACUUUUGUGCCCAAGUUUCAUACAGAAAGUCAGGGUUAUGUAACAAGUUUUAGCAGCGGGAGGAUUUUGGUUAAAUAUGAGAGGUGAUUCAUGUGAAAACCUGUACUUUUCUAGUUCUGUUUUAGAAACAAGUUUGACGUCAUGGAUCAUCUGUUUAGGAAUAAAUGAUUCCUUUAAAGAACAACCUCCACCGAAGGAAGAAACCAUGACGUUACCUCUAAGAAAACAGAAUUAGUGGCCACUUUAAUGGAUUGAGACCAGAGUCCGCUCCUCCUUCCCCAACCCCACAAUCUAAAUCCAGAUACACACCACAUGUGUGGCUCCUCUGGAAAAAUGAACUCGACUUGGGAAUAUAUGGUCAGGAAAUUUAUAGCACAUGCCUGGGACAAGCCUUCAGGGGCAAGGGGGGUGUAGGUGGAGAGGAGACCCCCCUCUCCCCCGCCCCCUGCUCAACAAGCCUUGUUUCCAUUAGGCUGGGAAGAGCAGUCUCCCAGACUAUUGGAGGGGAGGGGGUGUAAGACCUCCUGGCCAACAACAUCAACAACAUGACCCAAUCGAGGAGGAGAAAUCAGUUUCCUCACAUCUGGGAUUUUCCCACUGUACAAACACUCUCAUGAGCCCUAAAAGUUAGAUAACUUCUCCACAGAUGAAAGCGUGUGUGUGUGUAAAAGUGUGUAAAAGUGUGUAAAAGUAUAAUGAGGGAGAUGGUUGGAUAAAAUAUCCAAAAACCAGCCCUGAAAACGCGAGGAAAAUUGAAAUUGAGGGCUUUCUAAAAUCUCCUCGGCCAAAACAAACACAUGUGUGAGUCAGCAGAGAGAAAACAUUCUCAGGCUGAUGGAUGUUUCCUCUCCUCUCAUCUGCUGUUUCUUCCAACCGCUGCAGAGGCUCAGUCAUUGUCUCACCACAGUGAUACUCGCUGCAAUAACGCUCAUCGCCGCUGUUGUCCGAGAGAGGAGAGGCACAGCGGUGGGUCGUGUUUACUUCCGCGGUGAUUCAUGUCGAAAGAGGUCAGAGGAUUGUUGCCGCGCUUCUUCCAUCACUUUUCCUGACAGGGACGGGAUUGUCUGUCGACCUGGCCUGUCCUGCCGUGUCACUCACGGGGACUGGAGGUGGAUGUCUUGUUUACGGCUUUGACAGCUUGUACACUCGUUCGUUAGUCUGCUUUCUAGUGGCUUUCAUUUCGAGUGAAUAUUUUAGGAAAGUCCUUUUUUAUCUCGACUUGAGGAGGAAUUUAUUAUACGUUUUGUGUUUUAACUUUCAGCCUUUUUCUCUGAAAGCUUCCUGGUUCAUGUGACCGUCGGAAAACAAGGUGCUUGACUCGGCCUGACCCUGACCCUUCCUCAGAAGUGACACAAUCAAAUGAAACAGGUUCUCCAGACCUCAAUCUGUGUGUGUGUGUGUGUGUGUGUGUGUGUGUGUGUGAGUGAGUGUGUAAAUGUGCCCUCCAAGCUACAUUUUAGCCUGGGGUCUCGGCUCGUAAUGGCUGAAAAUAGCAACAUGCUGGACACAUUCCUCCCUCUGACCUCCACUGAACCAAAGAGAAAUCUGCAUUUUCUCACAUAUCUUUUCUACGUGUAUCUUGUUAAAACUCAAUUUGGAUCCAGAAGCAGACAGAAGAGUGUCAAACACAGGAAAGAUAAACAUUUAAUGUUUCUUUAAUUGUGCUCACUUGCCUUCGACAUGCAGUUUUUGGCCCGGUUUCAGACAGAACAAAUGGAAAACCGAACCUUUCAUUAAUAAUCUCCUGGCGCUCAUGUGUCCCACUGUGUGACCUUGUAAUAAUCUGUAAAUCAGACGCCUGGCUCGGUGGCAAAUGAGGUCUGUCUCCUCGUUGAAAUGAAGUCAUGUUAGCUCAGCUUCAUGCCGAGGGGGCCAACCCGAGGUCAGAGGAGAUUUGUUCAUUUAAGAAACUGUCAAUCUUCAGCCGCUCGCUCUGUGUGUUUGUGAUGGUAUUAGAGCUGUUAUAUUAGUAAGCCCAGCCGCUGAACAAGACAGCUGAUAUGAUAUCAUCGCUCUGAGGUCAUGCUCCGUCUGAAUGGACGCAUAAGAAGAAUAAUAAUAAUAAUAAGAAAUUCCUAAAAUAAUUCUGGGUUGAAGGUAACUGAAGAACUUAUCGUGUUUAUUCUGCGGACAUGUACUGAGGUUUCCUCCUUUUUCAUCGAGUAUCUGCAGCAGGAGAUAUUGUGACAACAAAAGUAAAUGGUGCUGAAACUAUGAGCCCGUGUUCCUGUGACAAUCUUGACCUGCUUUAAUCUUCCUGGAGACGACUCGCUGAACUUUCACUGAGAUUUAGAAUAACAGAAGCCAUCAUAAAGACAGAAUCCUUAUAAUAGUCGAUAUAAGUCUUCGUUAGUUGAAUGUUUUUGAGGCAUCCAUGAGGAAAACAACUGCAGGUGGAAAUAACAACAACGAAAGCUUUCAUUGGCUGAAUAUUAUAUUAUAAUACAACUUUAAGUAUUGAUCAUGCAAAUGUUGAUAAAUAUAAGCUUUUCUUUAAGGUUGCAGAAAUAUAAGAAGUAGAAGUAUUUUUCUUUACUUUUACUUCCACAAUGAAAGGAGAAACGAGUCAGGAUAAGGAAAGUGAGCGCUGAGUCUUGAGUUGUGUCAUUUGAGAGCCUCGGUGUGUUUGUAGUGGUGGUGGUGGGGUGUUGAGAGGUUUGCAGCUUGUGAUGCCUUCAGGUACCCCAUGUAGAGCUCUGUUUUUUUCUCACUCAGAGUCCUGUGUCCUCUGACUAUGUUGCACUGAAAUUAGAAACUGCAGAAUAACUAAACUACACAUUUCUUUUGACUGCAGGUUUAACACCUCAUCUUUUACUCUAAAUGCUCUACAUAUGAAGACAUGUUUGCUUUACUUACUAGUGUGGAAGUUUUAAUCAAGAGUAGUUUUGAAGAUAUUCAUAACCCUUAUUCUAAAAACAUAUGGUUAAUACUAAUUUAGGGGCGUCUUCACUGACAUGCUGGUGUAAAGCUGCAUUCAUCAGCAAAAUUUGGAGUCUUAUGUGCAUUUUUGUAUCCGUACUCAGAGCCGGCCCAAGCCUCAAUGGGGCUCUAAGCAAAGUUGGAUUUUGAGGCCCUCUAUUUCUGCCAAUAAUAUUGAUUGUUGAUCAUUCACACACCUUCACAAAUCUCUUGACAUGCAAACAUACCUUUAUUUUUUUCUCUUCUUCCUCUUUCUUGUCUCUGCUCCUGAAGGAUAUGUUCUUUUUAGCGAUAUUGUUUUGCCCCACAACUACCCGCGCCUUGGAUGCUCAGUAGAAGGCACGUAACGGUAGCAGAGCUUUGACAUAUCGGCAGUAAGAAUCAUAGGCCUACAUCAGCAGCAGCACUAAAAUGUUUUAACUUUAUUUUAUUUUUUACAAUAAUAUAUAUUUGAUCAUACAGAAAGCAUCACUCAUUCAUGCAAAAAAUAAAAAGUAUUCAAUUUUUUCCUUUUUUAUUGCUCUUGGUGGGCCCCCUAUUGGCUUGCUUUGACUAUGGUUUGCUUAUGUCUUGGGUUGGCUCUGUCUGUGCUGCUUUUGGCUAGUUUAGUUUAUGCGAAGUUCCUCCUUUUAACAUGAUUUUGUGCGCAGUUGACUGAGCCUUUAAAAAAAUAAGUUUGUAUUCUGUUCUCAGCAGACCAUUCUGAGCCAGAUGUGUCUCGAAUUAUCCCGUGAAAUAAGUUUAAUAUAUUCUAGCCUUACGGGAACUUUCAGGACUGUUCUGUUCUGUUUGGGUGGAAUUAUCAUGCAGGGAACAUUAGUAUUCACAUUACCAUGACAGGACAUUAUGUACACUGAGGGCUCCUGCUGAUGUUCUUUAAGCAUUACAUGACAAAUUGCCAAGUAAAAGCCUCUGUGGAGCUUUGAAUUGUUUCAUGAACCGCAAAAAGUGUCACUCUAGAUGUUGAAAAAGACAGAAAAUCCAAUCAAUCAUCAUCCGUACAUAACCUUGAAGACAAACGGCAUGUACCAAGGUUCAGUUUUACCAUCUGCUGUAACCACCAGUCCUCCAAAGUCUCUUUCUCUAACCACUUCCCACUCAUGUCUUGUAUUUUUAUGUGAACCUUAUGUGCUUAGUUGGCAAUCCCCAUGUUUCCCAGUGUACCUGAAGGUACCACGGCUGAGAGGCGCUCGUUUGGCGUGGAUACUUCUCACACACACAGACAGACGCAUGUGCGCACACACACAUCUGGUGUGAAGUGUGGAAGUUUUCUAUCACUUUGUACCUUUUUGCUCGUUACUUGUUUUAUAAUUCAGGGUUUUAGACUUUUCGGUUCUUGAAAAUGUGGACCGCUUUGUGUGGAGAGCCGACUCCAAAGUCAGGUUCGCUCCCAUAGAGAGAGAGAAAGUUCAUAACCGGGAAAAGCAAAAGGUGAAUUUCUCACUCAGACUUCAUCACAGCGGUUUUGCGUGGCAGUGGCACGAGGAGGAUUUGGGUAUUAUGUCCGCGUGGAGGAUUUGCGAUGACAUCUAGAAGAAACUCAGCGAAACUGAAGCUCCGGAGGUCCUUCAGCGAGCAGCUGCGGAGCUCCACGUCCAAAGCCUGGGACCUUCUGUGGAGGAAUGUCAGGGAGCGGAGACUGGCAGGUCAGUAACCCGCUCCACGAACCGACAAACCUGCACGAACAUCUCCAUAAUUACGAGCCCACUGAUCCUAAUGAGUUUGGUUCGCGUAAAGGGUCUCCAAAAAGUCGUCCUCCCCAAAAGACGCUUUAGAGAUGGUUUCAAGUUUCGUUUUUAUUUGACGUUUUUUUCUCUUAUGGUGACUUAAAAUUUGGGUGCACUGCAAAAGCAUGUUUAUUCCAAAAGGACACGAAUGAUCGUAAAUGCGCGCACACUUUCAUUUUUAAAAUGAGACACUUAAAGAUCACCUGGUGGAGUGGAGGAGAGUUGUGCGCGUUUGGAUGGAGUCACCAAAAUGAGAUUUCACAGACUUCUGAGCAUUUUCAUGAACCUCUGCGCUUUUGUUUUCGUGCACAGAGAUCUUACCAUGUGUGUUUUUGCGCAUAAUGAUAUUCAGUCUAUCAGUUAUGAAUGAGCACGCGUCUCAUUCUGCCGCAGAGUGGCGCUAAUGGGCCAAAUUUGAGCUGCAGUAUAGGGUGCAUGACAGACCAGAGAUAAUAGGGACCAUCAGACAGUAGAUUAAAGACAUUGAACUUAUGUCUGUGAUCAAUUUAUACAUGUUUUUGGUUGAUUUCUUGUCACUCUCUAAGAAAACUUACUCUGACUAACUUUGGACCUUGUAGUUUUCCAGCAGUGAGUCUCCACUGCAUGUUUUCUUCAGCCUCUUAAAAUGCACCUGUCUCUAGAACAUGUUGAAAUAGCAAAUCGUGUUAUUGAAGCCUGGAGUGAAGUGCUUCCAGACAGACAUUGUGUUUCUAUGAGGCUGACAAAAGGAUAAAAUCACAAAUUAGAAGAUUGAUUUUUAUAAAAAGAAAGAUAUCCUUAAAGAAAAAAUAAGCUUGUCUGGGUGUGUAUCAUAUUGAAGAUACUUUGUGGUAAAUCUAAGACACAUAUUGAAGAUUAUAUGGCUGAGAAUCAAUGGUAUGUGCAGUAACUUAAGUAUACCACCAGGUGCAGUGAAUGACCACAGCAGCUCCUCAUGCAUGACUUCUGUCUCAGAGUUUGAAUGAACUUUGUAUUGAAGUGUUUAAAGAUGUUUUGGAUUCACAGCUGCUGUUCCUCUCAGAGUUGAUUUAUCUAAUGCAUGAAGCUUAAGUCACGCAGAGGUCUGAAUACUUGUUUUAUUUUCAUAAGUGAAUCUCAGGGAUUUGUGUCGUACAUGUGGCAGGUUCUGCAUUCGAGACCUUGAGCUACAUACAUAGAGGAACAAGGGUGCGAAUAUUGUUCUCCUCCACAUGAGCGUGCUACAGAUAAGACCUCUGGAUUUGUUCACGUUUCUAAGUAGACCCCUGAAAACUUAGUCCUAGCUCAGUGGAGAUGUUGUUGCUAGCUAAGAGAGUUGAUAUGACAAAUCUAUGAUAGAGGAUAAGGGCCACAAGAAGAGAAAAAAUGAUUACAGGAGUGAGAUUUUUUACAUUUCCAUUUCGAGAUUAAAGUUGAAAUUUAAAAGAGUCGUACUUUUGACUUUAUGUAUGAUAUUUCGACCUUUAGUAAUCUCAAAAUUUCGACUUCAAUCUUAAAAUUUCAAUAUUUAAUCUCAAACUUUAGACUUUAUUGACAUAAUUUCGAUUUUUUUUAAUGUGGAAAUUUUGACUUUGAUUUUAAAUUUUCCAAAUUAAUUUCCUUCUUGUCGUUCAAAUCGCAGGCGGUGGCUCAUUUGAGGCAAAAAAAAAAGCCCUAUCAUACAGAUACUUUCUUCACAACGAUGCAGUCAGUGACUUAAAACUGAUUGUCGACUUCAGUAAUGUGCAUUAGUCAAUAAAAGCUGUUUUAAUAGGUUUUAAUUUGGCAAGGAUUGGCGUGGAAACAACUCUUCAUCAGGUCUUUGAACGACAGAGAAGAGAGGACAAGAAAGUCCUUAAAAGGUGGACAUUGUCGUGAAAUCAUGAUAGGUAUCUUUCCUUGUAUUGUGUAUUAAUUAUGUGCAUGUGAGAGCUUUAACAUAUUAGGUAACACCUCGUCAAGCUCUGAUUAAGUGAAUGAUCCUCUCUGUGUGGAGUCACAGCUGAGCUAUGUUCAGAAAGUUGCAGCAGAGCGCCCAUUACCUCAUCCUCAGAGCCUCUACAACCUGCAGAACAGCUCUGCCGGUCCCGCUGUAUUAAAGCGCGAUUUACUCCCAGACCUGAGCUCAGAAUUGAGACAUUUGGUGGCUCCUAAGGUGGAAACCUCCCGUCAUCCUGGUGCUAUUCUUAAUCCUGAGCUCCAGGAAACCAAGCCGCAGCAGAGCUAGGACUGGCCAGUGCAGAUUACAUGUGACUGCUGAGGAAUCAAACCACAUCAGAGCAGCGUCUAAAACCCAAAUCAUCUUCCUCCACACUCGUCGUCAUCAUGUGUGUGGGCCUGAGCUCGCGCUGCGUGACUCAGAAAUAUAAGUUUCCCUUUUGUAAUCCCACCUGACUGAAGCUGAGUGCCUGAGUAGUGAAUAAACGGAGGCUGGACGUCCAUUAAAACCCUGAAUAACUGUGACAUUUCAAGAGGGCUCAAUUUGUCAUCACGCAGUCACAUUUACAGCCCUCUUUGUGGUGAACAGUCAAAUCAGGCCUCUCCCUCAGCCUCAUUAUGUUUUUGUAUACGUAUGUAAUGUGAGUCUGGAUUCCUGUUUCCGUCUUGUAUAGCAUUUGAGCUCUGAAACCCAGACAGAGGCGAGUUGGAACAAGUUUGAUAAGGGCUUGAGUCCCUGUGCCUGACACACAACGCUGCCAUGAAGGGCACUCCACUGCCGACUCUUCAUGGCACGCAGCACAAAGUUGAACCUCUGAAGAGAUUGCUGAAGAUCUUGUAGCUCUGUCACAAUCCUCUCUGAGGUAUUUGAGCGCCCUCUGAGACGAAAAAAAAACAUUUGUCUCAUUCAGCAGCGGGUGAUUGAUUCGGUAAUACGAUACGUGUGAUGCACUCUGUGACUCUGAUCGUCUAGACGAGGAGGGAGGAAGAAAACAGAAAUGGGUUCAAGGAGAUCAAGCUGUUGCCAGCACGCCGCCAAUCAUUCUGCAGCAUCAGACACCUGAAGCGGCGUUUUCUACUGUAUGAAUGAACACAGGUGUUUGUGUGAGUAAAAAGUGAGUCACAGCCCAAUGAAAUCACCUGAAUAGAGUCGCACCACAAACUCGUACCUCCGAAAAGCAACAAUCUCAUGUUAAAAAAAGCUCCACCUGAGGGUGUGGAGAGAGUCAUUAAACUCAGGAGAGGUUUAAAAAAAAAAACCUGCUGCAGCUCUGAAGUGUGCUGCUGAAUUGUGCUCUUUGUGAGCUAAAGCUGGGCUGGAUGUUGCCAGCCAGCCAGAGAAACAGACAGGGGCUGUGUUUGACUUGGUCUCCUGCCCAUUUGCGCCUAAUUCACAUGUAUGGCGCCAUGCUCAUACGACACAGGCAGGCCUGUAUGAGAGGCCAGGACGGUCUAAAGGAGACUGGCAGGGGUCCGGGUGGUGUUGGGUGGGUUGGCUUGUGUGGAUGUGGACUUUAUUUCAGGUGUGAGGGGAUUGUUGUUGUUCCAUGUUGGAAACUGUCUGAAGGAGUGGAGAGUUUAAGGGGUUCAAAAUGAUGAAGAUUGAAAGCUAGUCGACAGGCAACACGAAAGCUGAAAAAUGAAACAAGUCGAAUUGUUACGUACAUUUUUUCAAUUAUCAACACAAUAUAUACACAAGUAGCUCAUACAUGCACUUAUUUUGGUAGUAAUUGUUCAUGUCACUGAUCAUACCUCUGUUGUUUUUAGGUCUUGUGACUCGCCGUGUUUACAUGGGCAAAAUUUCUUGAUCCAAUCAAAAAUUUGAGGGAUCAGAUAAUCCUAAUCUACUGUUUAUAUGGGUGCAAAAUCAAAUAAUCCAAUCAUGACGUAUGUGCGUAUACAUGCUCCAAGUUUUAUUCAGAUUAGAGGCAUUCGAUCGGAAUACAAUUUCUUUCCAAUUGAGCCGAAAUUGGAUCAGAAUCUUCUGAUCGACGUGUUUACAUGACGCAUUUUUAUUCCGAUCGGGCAUUUAUUCCGAUUAUAUGUGCCCAUGUAAAUGCAGCUAGUGUUAGGAAAAUGUGAGCAAACAAAUCUAUCGUCUACUUUCAUUACAAAAUGGAAAAGCGUUUUAGCUAAAAGCAGCAAUCCCAAGUGUUUUCAUUCUAGGAUCUGAAGGGCCUUCCUGGUCUUGUGUGUUUAGUUUGGGUCUGAUUCGGACUCCAGACACAUUUGGAGCUUUGACUCCUGUCAGUGAAGCGCCGUCAGAUCUGACCCGAUGACUGAGUCUGAUCUCUCCUUUUGUGUUAACCAAAGGGGAUCAGGUCACUCGUAUGUAUUCAAGCUAAAAUGUCUCUUUUCCCCCUGAGGAGCUGACACUCAGAGGAGACCUGCUGAGAGGCCUUCCUGUGGCUGGAGCUGGGGGUGAUGUGUGUGGGGGUGGGGGAGCAGAAAUUAGCAUUCUCCAACCAGGAAAACAACUUCUCCCUUCUCUGUCCCUUUUCUCUCUCAAACGGCACGGACUCACUCUCGCCCAGUAAACUUGGCACCUGUGUGAGCAGCAACAGCAGAGGAGUUGUUCUAGUGCAGGGCGGCUCCAAACCCACUAUUUUUGUAAGCCCUCCCACACCCCUCUGCUCCCUUUACUCACUUCAUCGGCAUUCCAAUGGUAUUUAUAUUUCCCUCCAGAGCAGGGGGAAGUUGACGAGCGUUCACACAGACACUGGAUUCAGCCCAGCAAGGUGGGCAGUACUCUCUCUGCUGCCUUUCUAUUGGUCUGCCUUAAGUCACAUGACCCUCUGACUCUGACUGAAGUGUUGGCACUCCUCCCCCUCAGCCCCGCUCUGCCGUCCCUCUCAGCUCCCUUCAGGCUUUUUGCGCCUGGAUGUGAAGUUUUCUGCUGCUGGGACGGUGAGUGUUGGUUAGAGAGAGUAUCAAGCAGGAGUCAGGGGCGAACACAGCUGUAGUUAUGUUUCGAGAGCUCCCGGAGUCCGAGGGCAGCGAGUGUCUGGGGAGUAUGACCCCAGAGACUCAGGAUAUCUACCUGAGGAUGGACCAUCACCGCAGACGCUCAGGGUACAGGCUGGGGAGGAUAAUCGCCAGGCAGCAGCUACUGAAGAAAAUUGCUGGAGGUAGGAGAGAAGUUUGGAAAAAAAUGUGGGAUAUUAAACUUUUUAAAGUUCUGUUAAGAUGAAUCCUUCUUUAUGUACUUGCUGGGAAUUACAGAUAAUGACGCAUGAGUCUGAAUAUGAGACUAUGAGCGCAUGGGAACCUGGUGAUAAAUGAGGGACAUUGUUUUUGUUUGGGAUCAGCUGAUUCUCUCCCAGGUAAUCCAAUUAGAAUUAUCUCUGUAGGACAUAAAGAUGUCAAAAGCGUGUGGAGGAGUGUGUCAACGCAGACAAACACACUUGACCCUUAGCCAAUCAUGAAGUGAAGGGUGCAGUGCUGGUAAAUAAUUAGUAUUGACUGACGUUAACGAACGUUGGGAGGCGAUAAGCUUAGGGAUUUGUUAUGUAACACGAGGAAAGCCCUGAGAGUAAAUAGAGAUAUCAAUGAAUGUCCAGCCUGACAGUUUUACAAUCUGCAUGGUGGCUUUUAUCAUCACAACAUGGCCUGACCUCCCAUUCAUCUUCCUGCGAGAAGCCUCCCUCGCUUUUACCUGCAGGUUUGAGGUCAAUCCUGGGAAGAGGGGGGCAGGGCAGCAUAACAAAAGUGAGGACAAAGGACUCCUCCUGCAGGUGUGAUCACGCUGGAUCAAAGGGCAGUGGUAUUUUAUAACAGAGGAGGCUUCAUCACCAGUAACAAUCUUAAGAUGCAAUCGCACAGCAUAGUUGUGCUCUCAGUCACUGUAACAAGGGCAUGAGUCAGAUAAUGCCGCCUCUUGUGUGGGCAAUGUUUCCUGUACGACCACAGCGGCCUGAGGCGACACACGAGACACGAUGUGAUGGUGACGAUGUGAGGGAAACACAGAGCGCACUCUUGUGAAAGUUUCCCAUAUCAGGUUGUUUUUUUCAGGGGGAAUCUUUAUGAUCGGAGGUCUUCUGGCGUGUGCAGUCAUGUAACCUGGCGUGUGUUUUGAGAUUACAGAUGUCUGCUUUGACAGUAAACCAACAAUUUAGGUCAGCUGUGACAAGGACCCAAAAUAUGUACAGGUUUGAGGUGGGUUUAGGACUCUUGUUUUUGAGGCACUUUUACAGCUUCCCCUGAAUGUUUUCACUAUUUGUAAUGUGCAAUUAACUUUGCUGCGUUUAGUGCGGGCACACUCUUUUAAUUUAUUUUCUACUUUCCCUGCUCAGUUUGGCAUUUCUCUGCAGUUUUGCUGGGCGAUAUGGCCUUAAAUCAAUGUCACAAUAUAUUAAGCAGUUCACCUCUAUAACGAUAAAUAGACAAUAACUACUCCACAAGCUUCUCACCCCCUCCCACAUUAACUUCGUCUACUUCAGCCGCUACAACUUUUGAGCCGUCCUCCAUCUCCUCACCUGUCUUUCCCUCUUUGUUACGGACUGGAUGGGGUGGAGUCACGUCUCUGACGAAGCACAGCGUCUUAAGAGGACAUGAGACCAUAGCCUACCUACACACAUCCAAAACCAACUUUUAUUUAUUUAUUUUUUUGACACCGAAUAUAUUGAUAUGGGCAAAAUGACAUCAGUUAUUGUUGUAAAUUUCGGUAACGGUAAAUUUUCGGUUUAUCGCCCAGCUCUAUCCUCUUGUCACAAAUUUCUGUAAUUAGUUAGAUUUAAUUAAAUAUAUUCAGUCACUUUUGAUGUGAUGAUUUUCACUUUGCAGUUCAUAUGGCUGAACAAAUUCACAGAUUACAUCCCAACAAGAAAAAAACAAGCUCUACAUCAAAUUCAGGAAGGACGCUCGUUACCUUACUUCGCAAAUAGACCUAAAGUUACAGAUUUUAAAUGUCUUUCACAAAUUGACAAUAUAAUAAACUUUUAGGCAUCUCAUUUGAACAAACUUCAGUGACUUCAACUUUUUUUAAAAAGUGAGGAAAAAAUUAAACUGAGAUGCUUCAUCCACGUCUGCUUGAGUGCUGUGAUUAUGCCUAAUUCUGGUAAUUGUAGUUUUUUAAUCUGACUUGCUGUAAACGCCCCAGUUAAGCUGUUUUGUUGCAGCUCCUCAUGGUUUUCCCAGCAGCAUUUAAUCCCUCUGUGUGUGAAUCACGUUUUUUUUUUUUACUCCCCAUGUCUCGUUUUAUGUGAGGCACCUACAGACGUAGAGAGGGUACGUUUUCAGAGACUGAGUCCAAGCCAGAGGAUUGAUCUCCAUGUGUCACACAGUGGCUCCUGCAUUCCAGCUGGCCCUCAUGUUGACAUAGCAGGUUGAAAGUGAGAGGGGGCCACGGUGAUGGGCCCGGUUACUCAGUAUUGUUUCACCCCAAAUUCCAGGGAAGCCUGCGGGGUCUUAGUCAUGUUUCCGAUCUGAUGGCGUUUCAAAGCCGCCUCUUCUUUGUGCAUGGGGUCUCAUUCAGUCCACUAUGAAAAGCUUUCAACAAAGUCCCAGGAAAAAACUUCAGACCUUCGAGACCCUCGGUCCCAAACUUCUGCAGAGUGUAUCUCUUAGGUUCAGAGAGAUGAUGGAUGUCGAUGCACAGCUGUGCGAUGUAGGACAGAAAGAAACAGGCGGGUGAGAGCCGCACAGUGGGAUAGCUGUGCAGGAGAAAGGGCCUGUUUUCAUUGUGGAGGAAUGUGUCUCCUUAAAAUAUUCCUCACAUUUUGAAGGAGUUAUCCACUUCAUCUGGACGGGCUGCUGUGUUUCUGCAGACGUCUGCUCCGUGCUGUUUGGCACAUCUGGGGUCCAGAUUUUUGAGAAUAUCUGAGUCUGCUGUUGCUUCUCAUACAUUUGAUAUAGUGUACGUCUAAUGCUCUCUUAUUCUACUCUUAUUUCAGUCAAACCAUGACUUGAUUUUCAGUGAGUUAUCUCUGCCACCAUGAAGGAAAAAGAAAAGAGGAUUGUAGGAUUUUAUAAACAUUAACGUUUGGCUGUAUUGUUGAAUUUUGAUCUGCAGAAAUCUGAAUAUGCAUGGAUAAACAAAUAUGCUCCAGUAUGUGACUUAAAAGUCUAAGGUAUUUAUUUGAAACUCUGCUGUUUUCCAAGCUGGGCCCCUUUGGGAUCCAGAAAUAUUCAGAGAUUGUUUACGCCCUGAAAGUACCUCAGUUUAAGCCUUCAUUUGAAACCCCGAGCAGCUGAACGCUCCACCGUGACUAAAAUCUCGCUCGCUGACUCUGUCUGUUUGGGUCUUUUCUUCUCUGAGGGGCUGCUGUAGUGUUUCAGAGAAGACACUCUGUCCGGACUGACCUCUCUGUGGCACUUCUGCUCGGCUUUUUGACCUCGGUGCAGCCAGCGGGCUCCGGUCUGCACCCUGGAAAGACCAUUAGAGCAUUCUGCCGUGGCGGAGGACGUUGUGUGUCCCUUGUCAAAUGACACAAGUUAUUGCAUAGCAGCUGUGUGUGAAUCAUGAAUCUGUCUGUGUCCUGCGGUCACAAAGGCGAGCUUUUAUCCAGCUGUCAUGGCUGACGGGUUCAUGUCUUUCAGGUUAACGUACCAUCAGACGCAUUUGUUCUGAUCCUGGAACACAGAGACGAUUUUUUCACAUGUAUUCCUGUGUGUACUGUAUGUUCACAUCUUUAUGUACUUUUUAAAAAUGAUUAAACUUUAUGACUAAAGCAGUACAGCAUUUCUAAGCGGGAUAAUAGCGAGUAACACUUGCAUACUUGUAGAUUGUAAAUGCUCAGCAGAGAGAGGACAGGAACUCUCCAGCUUGUUAAGAGGACUAGCUCUGCCCCUCUUCCUCCUCUUCCUCCUCUUCUUGUUAAAGGAUAAUUGUCAGAAGCCCGCUCAGAGGAGGGUUGGUAUUGUCCUGUCUUUGUGAGGCUAAAAAAGGCUCUUCAAGGUGUGGAAUCUGGUCAGACUCUGUCCUCUCCACUCAAGACUCCUCUCCGAACGCUCUGAAUUAUUCAUCCGUGGUCUGCUCCAACAUGUGGCGCAUUAGAUCGUGUGUGUGUGUGAAACAAACAUAAAUGCUCCUUUAUUCAGACGGAGGUUUGAUGAUAAGUGGAGAUGUAGCCCUCUGCAUUGUUUACUAAUUACACACAGACCAGGUUGAUCUUUUAUUCAUGAGGCGCUCUGUUGUGGAGCUGAUUGUUAUGCUGAUUUUGUUUGCUGCCUUCAGAGGGCAGCAAAUAACCCCUGACAAGGAGUGGAAAGCAAUUUGACAAUGUGAUUAACAGGUUGUGUACUUCGAACACCAGUGGCACCGCACUUGAACUAAUUAAAUCCCGGGCUUGUACUCUUCAUUUGUGCUCAUAUAUAUUUAAAUCAAUUGAUACUUCAUACCUGAAUACGAGUAGAAGAUACAGGUGUAAUGGGAUCUUAUAACAGUGCUGUGGUACAGUCAUUUCCAUUGACUUUGACUGUGCAGUGAGUGAUCUAGUGACAAGCUGAACCUAAAACAGUCUGCGUUUUCUGUCUGAAGUUCAUAUGAGUCAAAGUCUAACAUCUACUUUUGCAUGCUAGAGUUUAACAUGGACGUGUGUUUCCAGUAUUAAUUUAUGAAACCAAUAUGUAAUGGACGUGGCACAGAUAUGUUUUGUGGGUAAACAUGUCAGAUUGAUUAAGCUGAGUACUCCUUUAAGGCUUUUUGUCCAGACUCACUCAUGCGGCAUUACUUCAGCCUGAUACAGUCUGUGCAUCUGUUCUUGUUUACAUCCAGAUAGUAGAUGAUAGGGAAGGGCGAUAAGGGCUAAAAUGAUUUAUCACGAUAAGAUUUGCCAUCCUGGUGAUAACGAUAAAAGUCACAAUAAAAAAUAUUCUAAUUCCAAUCUAUAUUUUUGACUCAUUCUGUCUUGAGAACACCAGUUGGAAUCAAAUCAAAUCACUGAAAACAAAUCAAAACAAAUGACAUCAAACAAGUCUCAAGUGUGAAAACAUUUUCAACAUUUGUUGAAAACUCUUAUUGCACAGAGUGAACAGCAGAAGAUCCACUGUCUGAUGUCGGACUUACCUGAUGUCACUUGUAUAAGCUCCAAUCUUGAAGGAAAUCCCUCAUGUGGAGCCUCGUUCAGUCACGAGCUUCUCUGAAACAUCUUCUUCAUCACCUUUAGCCAUGUUUGUUUCUUAUUCUGCUCUGUGUGGGCUAUGGCUGCGAGUCUGCCACUCUAUCGUAUUUAUCAUGAGUUAACAGAUAUUUAUCAACGAGGAUUUUUCUGAUGAUAUAUUGUGAACGAUAAUUUAUCUCCCAUCCCCAGAUAGUAGAGUGUUAUACAUUGUGGAAUCAACUGGAACUACAGCUCUGGGUAGUGCGAUCAAUCUGACUGAUCGAACGCCAAGAAACGACUGUGUUUAAUUUAGCUGACUAAGCAUGUAGAUCAAUCAUGAUGGAUUUUUAAAUUGAAAUGAGUUAUUAUAGUUGUGCUUUUUUUCCCAACUUUUUGCUGAGCAGGAUCCAGAGGAGUUACUGAAUUGUUGAAAACAAAUAGGCCUGCUGAACAGGAAAAAAAAUAGUCCAAUUUAAACUUAAAUUCUUUUCCAAUCAGUGAUCGCUGAAUAACCGGUAACUGCACCUCUGAGUGAUUCUCUCCAGACAUAUCUGCGCUCAGAUACUCCAACAGUUGGCUCGCAGUCGUUGGUUAUUUCCAGCUGUGUGAGUGAAUGAUUCAGGAAUCUGUUAACAGUUGAGAACAAACCGACUCAAUCCAGCCAGCCCCUGAUAAAUAAAGGUCACAUUGACAAAGCUCUUCUCACUUUAAGCCUGCAGGGGGCAGGCUGAUCUCAUGUCCGUACUGUAAACGUCCUCCUGUAUAUGAAUGUUCCUCUUCUUAUACAGCCAGAGUGGAUGACAGCUGCCAUGUGUGCAGAGUUAAUCAUUCACAGAGAGCAGAUUUCAGAAAUGCCUCAGCUGCACAAAGUCACACAUUAACAGAGUCAUGAUGGAAAGCUCCGUCUGCUCUCAGGACUUUUACAUUCCUCAGAUUAGAAAACUGCUCAUUCAGUGAGCGACUCCUGCAAAUAACAAACUUGACAUGUUUUGACCCAAGUUUUCACUCUGUAUGAGAUCGAAGGAUUAGUCCAGGAUUGAGGCAGAAGCAUGCACAGAGAUUUAUCUGAAUAUUAAAGUAUUUCAUCAAUAUUACCGAUUCCUACAUCUGAGAGAAAAUAUGUCAAAGACAGAUUAGAUAUGAAGUGUCAGAUGAUGUCCGACACUGAUUUGUAUUGAUCAGAUAUCUUGCACAGUAGUUGUUUCACAUCACAUGUAUUGGAGAGGCUGUUUAUAUUUAGCACAUUUCCUCUCAUAUGCUUAACGCACAUGCCAGAGUUCAGCUCUGAUCUGCCCCCUUGUGGUUAAAAACUCGCAUAAGACGUCAUUAAAAACUGACAGAAGCGACAUGAAUCCAGCCCUCAGACACUCAGCCGCUGUCUCCUCAUUUUAUUGGCCUUUCGUCUUAGGAGUGACUCUGUGAGCACAGCCUGUCAUUGACAACCAUCUCUGAAAAACAACCCUGCAUUUUUCUAUUAACGCUCAGUGUGAGUGUGUGUCUGAUAAAACAGAACACCCUCUCAACACACAUAUUCAUGAUGUGUUUUAGGGACGUGCUCCUGAAUCUGCCCGGUGGCUCUUCACUUUGAUCCGUUAAUUAGGACUCACAUCCCUAGGGACGGCUCCGUCCGCGCUUUUAUUGUGGCGGGCUUUCUCACGGUAGGGGCUCCUGUUCUGACACUGGACCCCCUCUCUCCCCUCUGAACCUGUGUCGUCCCCUUCUGGGAUCGGGUCCAAAUGAACAGGAGGUGGACCUUAUGGAGGGCUGCAGGGUUGGACUUCAGAGGGGAUGUUUUUAUGCGUAUCCUGUACUUCACACGGCUGUGGGCACACAUUUGUGGGUUUAUAGACCUUUUUUUCCCCUCAUUAGCAUCUGCGACACAGAGCUCUCCUUUAUCUUCAGAUGUUUGAUUUCUGCUGCCACCAGAACUUGUGAAACAUGUGUCGAUAACUUUCCACCAGUCUGUCUUUUUCCGUGUUUGACUCAGGGUUUUGGGUCGUGUUUUGUCAGUAAUUCACAGUCAUCCUGCUAUAGGUUAUGUUAUACAGCGCUCUCGGAAAAACGAAAUUACAGUGUUUAUAUAGGCUAUCAAAGAGACGGAAGAAUUACAGCCACACAACCGUAUAUUACAAGUGAGAAAAACAGCGUGACAUGGUGAGGCAUGCAGCCCACUGCUCUGUACUUGGACUUCAGAUCAGGCUGCUGCACACAAACACACACCUCUAGGGACUUGUGGUACAUGUUGGUUUAGGUCUAAGUUAAGUGUAUGACCACAGGGGACUCUGCAGGAGCGGACCUUAAGGAGCUGGUUCAAAAAGGAGGGAGAAAAACUGUAAAAGCUCAGACAAGAGUCUGGCUCAGAGAGGAGGAAGACUGAAGUUUCAAAGGCUUACAUCUGUGGAUACCCAUGGGUGUAAUACCUCUUCUUAUCAGUUCGAUCAUGCAACCUUAUUGCUUAUACGCUUCCUGGGUAGAUUCGUCAUGGUGAUUUUAUGUCUGAGGAGCUCACUUUAAUAAAACUAUAUCUUUGAAUCGGGAUCAGAAACGUCACAUCGAUAAGAAGGACAACGCUUUUAAAUUUCAUAAUAAAAAGCAAGCCUAUAUAUGUGUUAUCACUGGCCAACCUGUAUUGUUUAUUGUACUGUGGCUCCUGCAAAUAAUUUCAGUCGAACAACUUGCACAAUCAUAGCUCUGCAAAGAUGAAAAGUCCAGGGGUCCGAGUUCUGCCUGGGUGAAAUGAAAAAGGAAAUCUCCCAAAAGCCAAAGUUGAUGUUUUAUUAUCACCAAAGAAAGCAAAUCCUUCAUAAAAGCCUUGCCAAAACACUCGAAUGUGCGUGGGAACAUGGCCGUGAUCCAGCGUCUGGAAGUGUUUAGCGUGUGCUUUGGAAGUGACUGCAGUAUGUAUUUCACAGAAAGCUCUGGGGCUGAUUGAUUUCUGCUCACUUCUGAGAGGCUGCCUGGCAGUGAAGUGGAGGUACUUGAGGAUGGGGAAGUUUCCACGCUGUCUCCUCCUCCUCCUUUUGUAUUUUGAGCUCAGAAGUCCCUUUUCUUGUGAAAGACAGUUUUCUGGAGGUCACGUGCAGAAGGAUCCUGUCGUCACGGGGAAGAAGAACACCUGUCUGUGAAGCUGGAACACGCUCCGCACUUCCCUCAGUUUGCUAAAUGACUGCGGGAGUCAGCAUGUGGUUGUUAGGACAGUUUCUCAAAAUGGAGCGAGUGUGAGACACUGCUCUGAGCUGACAGUUUGGACAUUAAAGACUUGAUGUUCUCAGAAGCCAUGAAGCCCACAUCAGAGCUCAUCCUCUCAGAGUUGACAUCCAUCUGUCACAUCAGUAAUUCAAACAUGGUUUAGUGGACUGAUUCAUCUCGUAUCUGUCAGGCAGGUCUUUUUCUGUAAUGCUUGGAAAUGCCUCAUCCGUCAGUAAUUCUCCAACUCGUGGCGUCCCUCUGGGAUCUGUUUUGGGUCCGCUCUUAUUUGCUGUUUACGUGCUCCUCCUGAUUCUAACCUUACCUUUGACAGCAGUUCUGUUUUGCUCAUUUGAAAUAACACAUCGCAAGAGAAGUAAUCAUGUAACACCAGUCCCAGUUUCUGAAUUGAUCUUAAAGGGAUAUUCCAGUGUAAAUUUAAGUUAUGGUCAAACACACCAUAACACCAAGUUAGACACCCCGUCGAGAGAUGAAUUUUGCCAACUGCUUGCUUCUGUACUUAUACCAACUUUAGUAACGACCGCACGAUAGCAAUACACAGCGGUCUGAGGAGCCAUAAACAAACCUCAACCAAAACACCACUCUAUAGCCACAAAUAAUGCUCAGAACAGCACCUAACUUCAUCAACAGGACAUAUAGGGUCCCAGCAAUAGUACGAGCCACCAAACAUCUUUUAAGCUUUGCCUGAUUUCUUUAUCAAAGAGAUUAAACACAACUCACCCACUCUGCAGCAGAGUUUCGCAGCUCAAGGAAGAACAUUUAUAAUUUCUUCAUGCAAAUGCAAUCAGACCAAAACGCUAAGGCAGAGGAACUACAGCGUCUGCAGUGCAAAAUGAUUAAUAUGAUAAUCAGGGCUCCCCCAUAUACAAGCGGCUGCUGGAAGAGAGUAAGUGGGUUGUGUUUAGUCUCUUUGUUAAAGAAAUUAGGCAAAGCUAAAAAGAUGUUCGGUGGCUAGUGCUGUGGCUGGGACCCUAUCUGUACUGUUGAUGAAGUUAGGUGCUUUUCUGAGCAUUAUUUGUGGUUAUAGAGUGGCGUUUUGGUCGAGGUCUGCACAUGGAGAUGUAGACCUCUGUGUGUUGCUAUUGUGCGGUCAUUGCUGAAGUUGGUAUAACUAGAGAAGCAAGCAGUCGCAACAUUCAUCUCUCAAGGAGGUGUUAUGGUGUGUUAGACCCUAACUUAAAUUUAUGCUGGAAUAACCCUUUAAGAUUUUACUUCUUGUUUUUUAAGGCCUUUAUAACGAUAAUCACAAUCCUAUUGGCAGUGGGAUUUCUUAAAUCCUUUCCCUUUCCUCUCACUGGAUGCCUUUAGCGACUUUUGGCUCAUGUAUUGUCUGUUUUUAGAAACACUUUAAGUCAUUUUCCACAGUUGGACAACUGUUUUGGAGACUUGUCUUCACCAUGUGACUCCUUCUGAUUUAAUCUCCUUAAGAAAGUCGACAGAAAUGAAUUAACAUUUGCCUUUGUGUAAGAUUUCUGGUAACCUGUGCUGAGCUGGUACAGGAACAUGUGAAUCCACCGUCUUGGUAUUUUGGUGUCAUCAUCAUUGCCGUGUUUUGUUUUACCAUAAGUUAUGUGGAAAGUCGGUGGGAUUUCCAGACUGAAGAAAGAGAUGAAGAGCAACAGAGAGAGAGAGGGAGAGAGAGAGAGAGAGAGAGAGAGGGAGAGAGAGUUAAGGGCUGUUGUAUGUGAAGAUGAAAGCUGCCUCUCUCUGGGUGUCCUUCAGAGGUGAAGGCGAGUGUUACCACAGCUGUGCUGCUCUUGUUUGAAUUCAAUACAGGACCUCUAGAGAAAAACACAGCUCACAUGACUUUUGACCCAGCAGGCUUUGGCAACGGUCAACAACAGCAGCUCCUCGGCUCACAGAGUCGUGUUAUUUACUCUCAGAAUCAAUAAGCUCUUGCUGUGUGUGUGUGUGUGUGUGUGUGUGUGUGUGUGUGUGUGUGUGUGUGUGUGUGUGUGUGUGUGUGUGUGUGUGUGUGUGUGUGUGUGUGUGUGUGUGUGUGCUGUGAAGGGAAGGUGGACCCCGGUCUUUUACUGUUGGGCUUAAAAAACACAAAAUCAGACUUAAACCUGAGCAGGAAACUGUACCUGUGAUCCCUCAGAGAGAAAACUGACUCCAGUGCUGAUUUUAAAAGGUCGAUCUAAAAGGUAGGAAGUGGUUUUGUGUUGUCGAGGUCCUGGCCCGCAGGUUCUGAAUGCUAAUACCUCCUUGGCUCUGGCUUUUCCUGUGCUGGCUGGUUAGCCCUGUGUUUGUCCUGAAGUCCGGUCCCGCAGGAGGCAUUGCUGUCUGCUUUGUAAACCACCUUGUCACUGGAGACCUGAGGUCCUCUGAAUGCGGCUCUCCACAGGUCACACUAGACCACAGGGCAAUUGCAGGCCCGGGAUUUGCUGGCUCAUUUGUAUUUGAGGAAAUUUUACUUUGUUGUCUUAGCAACGCAGCCCGGAGCCGAUCAUUUAAAAGCUGCAUCCCGUGUCGAGUGCAGAAUAACAGGUCCCCUGUGUGUCAAAUGAAGGGGGCUGGAAGUCAGUGAAUGAUUCAACAGCGGCUCUCUCUGUAAUUACUCGGCCUGUGGAGCCGGCCAGCUCAUGUGCCAAUCACCGAAUCAGGAGAAGAAGUCACAUUAACAAAAGGAUCUGUGUUGUUACUCACCUCUGCAGACAGAUUAUCUCUUUGAUUUGGCUUUUGUCCUCAGUCUGGACACCUUAUCUCUUUGCACCUGAUGAUGAGAACACUACGAACCGGGGGAUGUGUCGUGAAAUCACCGAGUUGAACCUCCUGUUACGCCGAUGAUUGUGUCCCAUUGUGCCGCGAACGUUGGAGUCUGAGGGACAUGUAGAGCUUUGUUAAUUAAAAACCUGCUCAGCCUUUAUUCCCACGACUUCAGGGGCAGCAUUAAUCCACCUUGUGCAAUCUCAACAUUCCCCUUUGAUUACCUGAACCCUCACAAACACACAACAGAUCUCUCCUGCGCCUUAUCCUGUGCCUACAAUCAUGUUUGGUCAUCUCGUACGUCUUUUUUUUGUGUGUUAUCCUCCAUCGUUAUUUGUUCUUCCUGUUUGCUCCCCUGUGAACAAUUCCACUCUGUGAGACGGGAGGAAAUGUGAGGCUAUUUUGGGCAUGAGACAUCAGAUGUUGUGGUUUUUGGAGUAGACUUGCAGAGGGGGCCGUGUGUUUCCCCUGGCUGUCUGUCUGGUCUUACUUUUACAGUAAGGCUGACUGCUCAUAGUGAGUGGGUGUCUGUGUGCAAUUAGCAUCAUAAAGGGAGAGAGAGGUCUGUGCUCCGUGCCUCCCAGCGUGACGACACCUCUCAGCCAGCUUAGCCAGCCCACCUCUGGAUUUUUUCUCUCCUCAUUUCGCUGCCUGUCUCUGUCUCCGUCUUCCUCCAGGUGUUUUUGAUACAGACGCUCUCAGCCCUCAGCUACAGUCUGUGUGUUUUUUGACUGAUAUAUUCAGCCGGCUGGUCUGGCUGAUUCAUUCAGCACGGCGAAUGAGGGGGGAGGAGAGGGCGCACAUUUGUAAAGGCUGAAUUUACGUAGAUUGUUUAAGAGUGCUUUUAAAACUCUGUUGUACACUCAGUGUAUUUAUUGUUAUAAGGUUUCUUAAGGUGACUAAAGUGGUCCGCCUGCGUCAGUCUGUCUGCGCUCGCAGCUUUGUACCCAGUCCUGGCCUCAGAGUUGUGUUUUACAAGAGGAAAUGGCAAAAACGUCACAAAAAACAGACAUAGAAGAAGAAGAAGAAGAAGAAGAGGAGGAGGACUGCACAUGGAAUUCUACUUAUUCUCCAGGAAAUGAUGGAUAGCUGCGAUGUCCUUAUGUAAUCAUGGUGCCACAGUAAACCCAGUCAUUUCUGCUCGGUCUGCCCACACACUGAAAAAUGGAUUUUCCUGAUUCAUCAUGGACUUUUGUCACUGCACGUUUCAUAACCAAAUGUAAAAGUGAAAUAGGAAAAUACGACAGACUUAUGGAAGAGAUGAUAAAGGAUUUCUAUUUUAACAGAUAGAUGGGAGAGGUCAAGACUUCUUAAUUGUUUAAAUAAAGGAAAAAUACACAGUAGGAAUCAGGAAUGUUCCCAGCAGCCACUAAUCAAAACAUCAAUAACUUCUCCAACCAACCAAACAGACAUUCUGGUGCUGCCUGGUAAAGUUGUCGACAUAUAAUCGGUGAGUUGACCAAACGCAAAGAUCCCCAGUAGGAAUCCAAAAAAACUUUCUCCAACUUCAGUGAUGUGUGACUUUGAUUUUCUUCUUGGUUGAAGCUUUUUUUUUUUUUCAUUUUGUUUUUUCCAAGACAGAGUAUUAGAGCCACAUUAAGAAAAAGAAUUAGACUUUGAGAUUAAAGUCGUUAAUUUAUGGGAAGAAAGUCAUCAAUAGAUGAGAAUAGAGUCAUUACUUACAAGAAUAAAGUCACAGUAAAAUCAUUAUGAUACUUAAGAUAAUGUGGUGCUGAUGUGCAAAAAGAUGAAGUAUCUCCUUGUUUGAGAAACCUAUAUUGAAGUACAUUUUCACAAAAUGCUCCAUGGCUCUCAUUUCAACAACUGUCUUCUUAAACAACAGGUUAGAAUAUAAGGACUUUAUUGUGACUUUAUUCUCAUAAGUCAUGAUUUAUUAACAACUUUAUUCUCGUAAGUAAUGACUUUAAUACGACUUAAUUAUCCUAAGUUAUUACUUUACGAUGACUUUUUCUGUUGUUGAGUAAUGACUUAAAUAUGACUUUAUUCUCUUAAGUAAUUACUAUUACGUAAUUUUGAUUUUUUUUAAUCUUUGACUUUAAACUCAACUUUCGACUUUGACCUCAAUUUAUUUAUUUUUUUUUCAUUUCAACUUUUUAAAUUUCGUUUUUUAUCUCAAAUUUCAACUUUGAUCUUGAAAUGGAAAUAAAAAAUAUCUACCUCCUGUAAUAAUUUUUUCUCUUGGCCCUAUUCCUCUUUCGUAUUUUUCUGUUCACCCCGUAAGUCUAAAGAAAAGCCAAAAAUAUGAGAUUUUUCAGAAUCACAUUUAGGUCUGUGCUUUUGUGAUAACAGGAGACUUUGAUUUUUUUUCAUUAUACCUGUAUGUUUAGAAAAGAUUCGCAGCUUCUGUUUAACAAAGAAGCAGGAAGUCUUUUUUCACGUAUGGUUGCUGUAAGUCAUUCUUUGUUUUUGACCCACAACACCUCACCGUCUCAGGUGACACAGAUCACACAGAUCCUCUCAUUCAUUGACUUUUCCUCAGACAAAGAGGCUGAGACGGAGGCGAAACAGACAAAUAUAUCACCGUGAUGAUGUUAGCGUUAAGUCUUGUGAGCCGUGUGCCUCAGCAUGAUUCACUGCUGCUGAUUGCUGACAGUUUAUGUCACGGUUUUCCCCCCCUACUUCAGCUGCCUACGCUUUUUUCCAUUUCGUAGAGCUGCUGGAACAACAUCUGGACCCUCCGAAACCACGCCGCUUCCCCUUUGUUUGUUUUAAUGGAACUUUUCCCACAGUUUUCACAGUUCUUGAGUGAUAUUUUCAAAAGAUUGCAAGAGCUGACUUCAUGAAAUCUGUGCCAAAAUAACUGAAAACAAAGAAACAUAUCAGCCGUGGAAGUCGUUUAAAAACACAGCCUUGAAUUACAAGAAGAUUCCCAGAAUUCAGAGGCAACGUCGCAGCUGAGGUCUUUGCCAAAAAUGUGCUGAGUGGGGCAUAAAAGAGUUGUCAUGGGCAGAGCUGGGUAGGAGGGCUGGGCACAAGGAGCGGAGGGGGAGGGGGAGAAGGGGGAGAGACAUGCCACAGAAAGGGGAGGAUUGAAGGAGAGAUUUAGUGUUGGGGCAGGCACAUGGUGGUUGGGGGUAGAUGGAAAGAGAAAGGGGAGAGAAGGAGCUGAGGAUCUGAGCUCAAACUUCGAGCUGUGUUCAGAGCAGGAGCAGGAAUGUGGCUCAGUGUGGGAAUGAAGAUGCUCUGACACGCUGAGGGACGAUAUAAAGUCUUGACGGAUAUAUGAAGCACUUCGGCUGAAUGAUGAGAACAUCUCGUAAGUACAGACCAACUUGGCGCAUGUGAUAAAUUAUAAGUUUGAUUGAUUUUGGAGGCAUGAGCUGAUUGAACCUGAUAUUUUAACAUCAGGAUUGUCAAAGUGAGAUGCUCCUCAGGAUGAAACAAAGCACAUCAUAAAGUCCUGGAAAGUUUUCAGUCACUUGUGGUCGGCUGUAAAGCGAAGAAUGUGGACGAGCCUUUAAAACUGUCAUCUUUUUGGCAGCGCUUAAGUGUCUGCUUUGCCCGAUCGCUGUCCAAGUGUGCCAUAUCUUUCCCUGCAGCACUUAGAAACAUGUCAAAUCUCUGCGAUGAAUUGCAUAACCCUUGUUCGUGAUCGUGAAUGUUGCAUAAAGCAAAUAGUAAAGAAAGGAGUUGCCCUUUAGCAGUACACAGCUUUUGACAGUCUGGCCUUUUGUGUGACAGCCAAAAAUCUCUUUGUGAGACUGUAAUUUUAUACUGUACACAGUUUUAAAGCUCGCAGAGAGCAAACACAAGUUCUCAUUCACUGGCACCAUGCCCGCCCAGCCUUUUAUCCACAGGAGAUUUCCUUAGAGAGAGGAUGAGAGGACAGAAUGUCUCGGUAUCGUGUUACUGAAUGCCAAACAGAGAGGAAUUCCCUGCUCAGGUUACAUGCUCCCAGAGGUCCAACCUGCGGCUGUGGGACACAAGAGGACCUGGCAGCGCUCUCAGUGUGUAGCCGAAUAAUACAGGCCUGAUAUUAUCCACCUGGGAGGGAAGGUUAGCAGAACAGAGAGCCUCCUGCUCGGGGUGAUACAGGUGGGAACAGAGCAGAGCUGCAGACACAUGUUGACUCAUCUGCUGCUGCUGCUGGAAACAGUAGUCUGUUUUUGUCGUCCAAGGACGGGAGGAGGACUUGUUAAUAUUUACUCAGUUGUUGGUCACUCCGAGGACCAAAGUCACUUUUUAUCGAUUUUCUGGGUGACGCUGAUGUGAAGCAGAGCAGGUGAGACCCAGUUUUUGGAGAAGUGGGUGAUAGCAGUAUCUCUUUGCAAGGUUACAGCGGUGGUGAUUACUCUGUAUUGUGCGGAGAAUGAGCGUUGGAUCAUGUUUCAGCCGUAGUGUGACAGAAACAGACCUGCAGAGGAUCUCAGAGCUCAGAUGUGUGAUGGGAGGCAGAGCUGGUCCUGCUUGUGUUUCAGGCUGAUGUGGAUGUGGUUUUGGGAUUUUAUAAAGCUGGAUGAACUUUGGUUGUAUCUGGAGGAAAAAGGCAGCAAGAAUUAAGUGACUGAAAGUGAAGAAAUAGAGGUGGUAAGAAUAUUUUUUUCAUCUCAGAUUUAAAAAAGACGCUUAAUGUUGUGUUUGUAAAGUCUUGCUAUUAAAAAAGCACAUCUAUCCUGAUUUUCAAGACAUUUUUAAACUUGGAUCUUGCUCUAAAUGUGCAUUACUUCUAAGGUAGUUCACUGCAUUACUAAGUUUUUAAAAUGUCAAAAAUAGAGAAAGAAAACAGAUCACUAAAGCCACAUAUGUAAACAAGAUAUUCAGCUUAUGGAAGAAACCAUCAGAAACUAUCGUGCUUCCUGUAAAAGAAAAACGGUAAAAAACUGAUUUCAAAUAAUGUUCACUGGCUUCCUCCUUAUUCCUUUUUUUUGAUUUAAAGAGUUAUCAAACACAUUUCCUACAUUUUCCUUCACGUUUAAUGCACACUGUGUACUGUGGCACCGGUGCGUCAGAGAGUGCAUCGCACUCAGGCGGCAGAUGACACCAAACUCUGUUAGCAUUAAUGGAAAGGUGCCAACGGUCUGUUUCCUCUCCUUGUCAUCAGCUGCUCUGAGGUCUGCAGACGUCACGGGGACGUGUUUGUGAUCCGGGAGUCAUUUGUUUGUCAGAUGGUAGAUGUGACAUUUUGAUAAUAUCUGUACUUUGUGUUUAAAAUGUAUUUUCUAGAAGAGCGUUUCUUCAGAUCGGUGCAGACAGAUGCUGUCAGUCCACCUUAAAUUUGUUCUCACUUGUAUCAUACUCAAACUGAAAGUUGUAUAAGAUCCCCUGUUCAUGUGACUUUGAUGAGAUACUUCCACCCAUCAGACUGACCUAAGGUCACCAUCCCAGACAUCAGACAGCAGUUUCACUCACAAUACUAACCCUGUUCGACCUGGGGGGGUGUUUUUGGCUGCAUUUUUUAAGCUCGGGUGAUUUCACAGAAGUGUUUGAGUUUCACUAUCGAUAUCUGUUUUAUAAGAAACCCUUUUCUUGUGUCUUGUGUUUUCCAGAAAUCGAGGCGAAAGAGGCGUGUGACUGGCUGCGGGCAGCAGGAUUCCCCCAGUACGCUCAGCUCUUUGAAGGUACUAAAAGCUCUCUUUUCACUCCCACACACACACUGUAUAUCACAAGGGGAGGAAAAGUUGUUGGGUUAAAAGGCACAGAUUAAUGAGGUAGCACUCUAAAAGAGAGGCUCUGUAAUAAACCAGAAAUGACGUUUUUAUUUUAAAUCACUUAGCUGAUGCGAAACGAAACACUUUAAUGGCUUUGAAUGUUUUUUUAUUUCAACGAUGAGUGAAUGGUGCCACACAGCCUCAUCUGGUCUUUCACCAUAGUGUGUUCACAUUCUCAUGCUGCGCACAGUGAGCCUCAUUUACACAACUGUCCUCAGGAAGCCUCAAAGCGAGAGCUCCAGGCUGAUCCCCAGACACCGCAGAACGAGCGGAACAUCAGCCGCUUUUAAAGUCUAAUCUGUUUCAAGCUACAGUCACCAUAUAAACAUGUCUCCUGCGCUCAAAGACUGAAGUCAUGGGAAGAAAUGGGUUUUAUCGGAGCUUAAAGUAGCUCAGCUUCCUCAGAUCUUUGUGUGGAGGCCAGACUUUUGAUGUGCUCCGGUGCACUACAUUUAUUUGCUGACAGUUUGUUAGAUUGUUGUUACAGAGCUGAUAACGUCUGUAAGAGCACAGAGCAGACAACACAAGUUUUUCCCUCCUGAUGCGAAGCGUUACGUAUUAGAAAUGACAUUAAUAAUGCAAUCUGUUAUUUGGCCGAUUCAAAGCCGACAGUGUAUCGGAGUGUCUGCAGAACAGGCGCAGCCUUGUUGAGCUUUUUGUAGCUGCUUCUGCUUUUCAUAAAAAAAGUUAAUGACUUCUCAUGAAUGCGCUGGAAUGUCAGAAUCAGAGGGUCUGGAUUCAGUCUCUUAAGUUAUGUAAGAGGAGGCCCAUACCCAGAGCAAGACGUAAUGCCUGCACAAGCCUGAGCGCUGUUAUUUGGGCAAAUUCUGACUCUCCUCAUUAGCAUCACAUACAAAACAAGUCUGAUGGGCUCCGAGACUUCAAUAGGCUUCUGGAAAAAAUGCGGUUGAGAGAACUUUCUUUUUAUUCAUCCCAUUAUUGCUCACAGAAAUAUCAGAUCUAUUUCCAGAAAAGACUUAUUAUGAUCUAAUUCUGUUGUCUUUUUUUUCCUCCUCAGACUCUCAGUUCCCUAUCGACAUUACUCCAGUGAAAAGAGAUCACGACUUUCUGGACAAGGAUCUUGUGGAGCCUCUGUGCAGGUGCUUAUCCAUGACUCAGAUGUGUCAAAUAUUUAACUUUGCUAACCUUUAAAAAAGACACUAACUUGGAUAACAGUAAAUUCUGUUCAAUUUUAAAGGGAGUUAUGCAAUGGAUGGAGCUCGCAUAAACCAAGUCCAAUAAAACAUUUAAUCUUUACACAUAAAGAUCCACAGAUUACUUCCUCUGGGUUUUCGGGGAUCCAUCUUACCAUCUAAGAUCAGGGUUUGGAUCCUUUUUCUUUCUCAGGUUAAUAAAUCGACUGUAGGUUAACCUGGUAUUCCUUAAGUGUUGCACCAACUCCUGCAGUGCAACUUAGUCAGGAUGUCAUUUUUUUAUAAAUCAAAAAAAUGGAUUAACAGACCAACCAUACUUUUCCAUACCCUACUUUUUAGAAAUAUAUUUUUAGAAAACAGUAUUUUAGAAGUGUGGUACGAGUCUGGAAACAUAGUUAUUUUUUCAUACUUAGUUCUCAUUUUCCAUACUUUUUAAGACCUGGAAAUUGAUCAAAUUUAUUUCCAUACUUGAGUAGGAACCCUGUUACCAUGUAAGAUCAGGGUUUGGAUCCAUUUUCUUGAUCAGGUUAACAAAUUGACUGUGGGUAAACCUGUUAUUCCUUCAGUAUUGCACCAACUCCUGUCUUGCAACUUAGUCACUAUGUUAAUUUUUGAUGAAUCAAUGUCCAUAUUCACAAAAAGGUAACACAAGUCAUGAACAACUGAUGAAUUAGUGGAUUAACAGACUAACACACAUGAGCCAAAAGGGAGCAGAUCUAUUUGACCUUAAAUUACUUAAUAAAACCCUUUUCUUAGUCAUAACGCACGAGGAAUACAAGAUUCAGGGUUUUUCCCAAAUUUGACUCACUGAGUUACAAGGAACAUCCUCCGCUAAGCCAACAAACUGGUGGCUCCACAUCACUCCCUUGUAGGGUGAGAAGACUCGUGUGCUUUUUUUUCCCCCCCGAGCUGGCUGAGAUGAAAACAGCGCUUUAGUUACCCCCGUAACCGUGGCAACCGUCCCGCAAGGAAAAGCUAGGAGGAGCAGGAGGGUACAGCUCAAUAUACUGUGACUCUAAACAACCCUAAAGCGACUCAUCUGAAUUCCAAACUAGCCACGGGAUAAAAAGAAGACAAUUGAAAACAGUUCCACCUCCGACGGGAUUUUGCCCAUGACUUCCCAGCAUCACCGUGGCAACAAAAGGAUGUCCUUGUCAUCAGUUAUGCAAUUACGAUCUAGUGCGCAGAAAUGAGUACCUCCCUGCAUACCGCGGGGGCUUUGAUAGCUGAAAGUGAUGGAUAUUUCAUGUAUGUGAGUGCUCUCUCUGAUCCAGGGUUAAGCAGACUUCUAUUUUAGAAACCACAUUCAAAGCUCUUUAGGCCCGUGGAAUAAAAAGGCCCCCAGUUCGAAAUCCACUCCUCACAUUCAGGUCUCUCUAUCUCCAGUAACAAUCAUGAGAACUCUUGUUUGGCUAACCCCUGUCAUCUACAGCACACUGGUGGAUAGUUACAGCCUCCAUGUGAGGCCGUUUGCUGUCACUGAACAAUACAGUCAAUCUGUAAAAGGACUAUUAGCGGUAUAAGGAGCUGUUUAAGCUUGUCAUUAUCGUACCACAAAGGAGUGUCUCUGAGCCGGAGUGUAUUUUGUCAUGCCGUCAUCUUCUCCCCAUUCUAUUGUUGGUUCAUGUCAGAGUAACUUGAAUUAUUCCACAAAACCGUUAAUCACAAAGAACAAGGUCCAACAUUCAGGCUGUGUAGUUGAUGCCAAUCUUUAAAAAAGGCUUAAACAGUAUUUCAGAUGUCAGACUCUGGAAAACAACCUAUCAAGCCGCAAUCACGCCGAUCCGAGGCUGAAGAGGGAGAGGAGAGAUAAAGGAACAAUUACCGCUGCUCAUUAGGUUUGGGGUACUCUCCCGUGGACAAACUCGAUUUCCCUCUGGGUCUGGUUGUACAUCCAGACCUGAAGAUGAUUCAAUCAAAGCUCAACUAGCAGAAACAGGACAGAAUUCAUUUCUGCAGUCUUGCUGGUUUCACUGGUGCAUUCAGGACCUUUUUAAACCUCUGUGUUUUUGCUCUUUCAGGCGGCUCAACACCUUGAACAAGUGUGCCUCUAUGAAACUUGAUGUGAACCUUCCGAAGAAGAAAGUAAGUGACGGCCUUUCUUCUUAUUUUUAUUAUUAUUAAAAAGAUGCUUCUGCAGUCUAAAAGCCUAAAAUGUGGCUACAUGUGUGACACUGUGCUUUUAAAAAUGAAAAAAAGGCAUGUUUCUUAAAACAAAAAUUUAUAGGCACAGUUAGGGCUGGGCGAUAAACCGAAAAUUUAACCGAUACCGAAAUUUACGACAAUAACCAACGUCAUCUCGCCCAUAUCGGUAUAUUAGGUGUCAAAAAAAUGAAUAAAUAAAAGUUGGUUUUGGGUGCAUGUAGGUGGGCUAUGGUCUCAUGUCCCUUCAAGACGCUGUCCACCCCAUCCUGUCCAUAAGAAAGAGGGAAAGACAGGUGAGGAGAUGGUGGACGGUUCAAAAGUUGUAGCAGCUGAAAGUAGACUAAGUUAAUGUGAGAGGGGGUGAGCAGCUUGUGGAGUAGUUAUCGUUCAUUUAUCGUUAUCGAGGUGAACUGAUCAAUAUAUCGUGAUAUUGAUUUGAGGCCAUAUUGCCCAGCCCUAGGCACAGUGUUAAGAAUUGAGAAUAUUUAGCAAUAUCUAGCAAAAGUGUCCUCUGAGGAUGAGAAGCUCCUAUAUGUUGUGCCUCUUACUUUGAAAUCUAAUACCGUGUUAUGUAGGGUACCUUUAAGGGUUUCCUGUGUUUGUUUCUAAAGAAAGCUUUACCCCCUUGACUCAGAUACCACACUGUGUUUUUGUCGUACAAGAGCAACAUCACUGCUUUUGUAAGAAAUAGUAUAUUCUUACAAAGAACGCCUUAAGUUAUGCAUAUCCUCCUUGCGCCGACACAAAUAUAAACCAGAUCUGUGAUAUUUGAGAUUGUGGCUCUGUUUUAUUCAUGCAUGUGGAGUGGGACACUGACGCUUUUAUCUGUCCCCACUCUGGAAUGCAGCCUGUUGGCUCAUAUUAAUGAUUUUUUUCCUGUUUGGUCUAUUUAUGGAGGAGUCUUCAAGUCAAACGAACCAUCCGUCUGGUGUUAUAUCACUCUUGGCUGAUUGUGUAAUGUUAUUAAUUCAGAGCAGAUCCUUCGCUAUUUCCUGAAUAUUUUUUUCCAACUGUUCCUCGUGGCGUCGAUGACACGUGUGAUGCUUCACAGGCUUUUUAUUUAGAGCUUGCUGAUCUAAUGAGUUCUUUUGCUUCUCAUAACACAAAGACGGAAAAUGUGUGAAGUAUCUUUCAGAGAGGGGAGAAAGGUUUGAAAUCGUGCAGGUUAUCUCAGAGUCAAUCUCCUAUCAUGUGAAUGUGUUUGUUUGAAUAUUUUAGAUCGUUAUCGAGAUCCGAGUGGAGAGACCAAAAUAGGAACAUUAAUUUCAACUCGACUAAAAAUAGCAGAUUUAAUCAUGUGGGCUGGAGUAAAUGAUGUAACCCAAUCUGUCUUUACCCAGAGUGAAGACUCUGAUGAAGAAGACCUGUUUGCCAUCAGUGACAAAUGGACGUUUGAGUGGAGCAGCAGGCGCUGGUCCAGACUACAGGACAUUGACUGUCUGCUAGAAAACCACGGAGAGGGUCAUCCUUCCAGGGACGGCGUUCCUCUGAGAACCACCACCAGCAGCGAGAGCGUUCUGACAGACCUCAGCGAGCCCGAGGUCUCUUCUCUUCACAGCGAGAGCAGCGGCGGCAGCGGUCACAGGGGCCUCAGCACCGAGGACUCAGACUGCUCCAACCGCACCUGCUCUGAUUCCACAGCAAUGCCAGACUCUACUUCUCUCACAAUGCCUCACAUCCCCAAAGACAUUUCUCACUUUAGCUCUUUGACUGACAAGCACGGCAAGAAUAGCCGAAUCCGUGCCAAAGACUUCCUGAAGCGCAUGGAGACUCUGCGCUCGAGGGGAACUCUGGGUAGAAGUCGUAAGAACUUGGUGAUCAGCGCUCCGGUGCUGCAGCAGGAGGCGCAGGCACUGAAGACGCUGCGGUGUGUCGAGAUCAUAAAUGGAGACGUGGAGACUUCAGAAACGCCGUCCGAGAAAGCUCUACCGUCCCAGUCCAGCAGUGAGGGCAGCAGCCAUUCCAGCGGCAGCGCCGUCAGCACGCCCAGCCUGAAGGAACGCAAGCCUCACCGCGCUGACCACAAGCGCAGCGGCAUGUAUUUGGAAGAUAUCGACAUUUUCUCAGGAACUCAAGUGAAUAAAGUUGCAGAACAAAACCGCAAGAAUGAAUUCUGCUCCUAUGAAGACCUGGUGGUCCACAUUCCCAAAGACCACAAGCCAGGAACCUUUCCCAAAGCACUGUCCAUAGAGAGUCUGUCCCCCACCAACGGGGCUUCUAUCAACUGGCACACAGGCAGCAUGCACCUGGACUCCCCUCCACUCAUUUCAUGCAGGAGGGAAUCCAGACCUGUCACCCAGUGCUGCUCCAGAGGCAGCAGGAUCAGUGUUUACGAUAACGUUCCCGGCUCACAUCUCUACGCUAGCACAGGAGACCUGAUAGACCUGGAGAAGGAGAACCUGUUUCCUCACCUCGAUGAUAUCCUGCUGCACGUCAAUGGCUUACAGCAGAUAGUAGACCACUGGUCCCAGAAUGUGUUACCAGUCGAAGGGUCGGCGCGAGUGGACGGUGAGCGGAGAGAGGGUACCGUAGACCUCCAGACCUCCAGUCAGAUCACUUUGGACUUUGAGGGAAAUUCUGUCACAGGAAGCCAGACGACACCGAGUCUUGGAGACGGUGACAGAGUAUCGCUCGCAGAGACAGAAUCUGCACGUCUCAGGGAGAGGAGGGACUCAGGAGUUGGUGCAUCACUCACAAGACCUAAUCGGUAUGAGAUGGUGAACUGGACUGAAAGUGCAGAAAAAUGUAGAAUUAUUCUAGUUUAAGUUGUAUUUGAUGCAGAAGAAUAAAAGUCUUUUUAUUUGCAUUUAAUCAUGACAGGUUACGGUGGCCAAGCUUCCAGAUAUCUAAUCGCAUAAGUCACUCAGUGGCCUCCCUGCAGAUCACCAACCAGUCAGCAGGUCAGCUGAGUCUGUUACAGAAGUUUUCUCUACUGCGUCUCACUGCAAUCAUGGAGAAGUACUCCAUGUCCAACAAACAUGGCUGGACUUGGUACGUCUCGUUUUUCAAAUUCUUGGAUGUACAUUUGUUUUCUCUUAUAACACCAUGAGGCAUACAAAGUGUGUUUUCAAAUGCGUUUCCGUCUCUUGUAGGUCAGUCCCAAAGUUCAUGAAGAGAAUGAAGGUACCAGACUAUAAGGAUAAGAACGUGUUCGGCGUUCCUCUCAUUGUGCAUGUGCAGCGAUCAGGACAACCUUUGCCGCUCGGCUUGCAGCAGGCGCUGCGUUACCUGAGGAGCCAGUGUCUUGACCAGGUCAGUCACAGUACACGUACUCUCAGGUUACACGUUACAUGACUUACCGGAUGUGUUUAUUUCAUGGUGUAAGUUUUCAGUGGUACAAUGGUGGCAUAUAAACAAUACAAGAAGGGGAACUGCUGGAUGACGUAGUUGUCUGUGUGAGUCAGCUGUCGGGUUAACACAAACACUUCUCUUAUUCUCUGAAGGUGGGUCUCUUUCGUAAGUCAGGGGUGAAGUCCCGGAUUCAAGCUCUCAGGCAGAUGAAUGAGAACUCUCCAGACAAUGUGAACUAUGAGGAUCAGUCUGCCUAUGAUGUGGCUGACAUGGUGAAGCAGUUCUUCAGGGAUCUACCCGAGCCUCUGCUCACGAGCAAGCUGGGGGAGACCUUUCUCCAUAUCUACCAGUGUAAGGACUUGAACUUCUCUCUUGGCUCUUCUGAUGGUCUGUUUGUAAAACAGCAAUAAGAAUCGAUUCUCUUGAAUGCGCAGAUGUGCCAAAGGAUCAGAGGUUGCAGGCCGUGCAGGCGGCCAUCAUGUUGAUGUCAGAUGAGAACAGAGAGGUGCUGCAGACCUUGCUCUGUUUCCUCAGUGACGUGACGUCCUCCGUGGAAGAGAACCAGAUGACACCCAUGAACAUCGCAGUGUGCUUGGCUCCAUCCCUCUUUCAUCUCAACAUACUCAAGAAAGACAAUCUCUCUCCUAGGUAUUUUUUUUUCAUGUUCUCCAGUUUCCUGUAAAAAUUUAAUGAAUGAGACAUGCAUGCGUUCUAUUAGCCUCCUGCAUGAUUAUCUUCACCUAUAACUCCAUAAAGACGAACAUAAAACAGGUUACAGAGUUUGUUGUGCCUUCAGGGUUGCGGUAGAUUACUCUGGUUUGAGUAAGUUCUGAAGAAGACAUGGCACUCUUUCUUUACAGCGUCUAUGUUUUAUGAGAUCAUGCUGUGUACAAACAAAGCAAAGCUCUCUAAUUUACCAUGUAGAAAUUGUUGCUAAAGGGAUCAAAGGGGUUUCCUGCAGAGCAGAGGAAGGGUUUAUAUACUGCCUUUCAAAGGCACAUUGAGUUGGAGAACUGCCGACCUAAUAGGUUUUCUCUCCCCAGGGCCAUGCAGAAGAAGUACGCAACUGGCAGACCGGAUCAGAAGGACCUGAAUGAAAACUUAGCAGCAACACAAGGCCUCGCUCAUAUGAUCAUAGAGUGUAACCGUCUCUUUGAGGUAAGAGAUGAACCUGCAGUUGAAAUGAUGCAAGAAUUUCAGGCCUGGAUGCAAUAUCCACAGGAAUGUCCUAACGUCUAAUUGCCUCGAGUCUUACCUCAUGCUUUUUUUACACCCAUUAGAUUCCUCAUGAGAUGGUUACUCAGUCGCGUAAUUCAUACGUGGAGGCUGACUUGCAUGCACCGACAAUUGACGAGCUGUGCAAGCAGCUGGAAGAUGACGAUGGAACAUACCAAACUCAUAUGGAGGGGAGGCUUCAGAACCUGCUCAAAGAGGCCCGGGAAAAGUCCAAAUACUGGGUGUCCUGCAGCAGCUCUGAUAACACAGAGCUCUACUAUAAAAAGGUCGGUGUUCUCACUUACUCGCUUUUCAUUUACAACAACACAUAAAAAAACACUGGAGUAAAUCUUAGAGCUCAUUGAUGCAAAAAUGUGCAGUACUUAAUACUUGAGUCAUGAGUCCUGCUUUAAAACUUGGUGUUUUUUUUGUAGGUGGGAGACGGGAACCCUUUGAGACGUUGGAAAGUGUCUGUGGAGGUGGAAGCACCACCAUCUGUAGUGUUGAAUCGAGUUCUACGAGAGCGCCACCUGUGGGAUGUGGACCUGCUGCAGUGGAAAGUGUGUGAGACGCUAGACAAGCACACGGAAGUGUUCCAGUAUGUCCUGAACCGAAUGCCCCCUCAUCCCAGCAGAGAUUUUGUGGUCCUCAGGUGAGUUAUGAGGAAUGUAAAAUAAGGUGUGGAAGUGGAAAUGUGGCCUAUAUUUGAGGAUGUUCACUCAGUUUUCUUUCUGUCUAUUUAAGGUCAUGGAGGACGGAUUUGCCCAAAGGUGCCUGCUCCCUGGUUUCUGUGUCAAUAGAGCAUGAAGACUGUCCCUCUGUUGGAGGGGUACGAGCAGUAGUCCUAGAGUCCAACUACCUGCUAGAACCAUGCGGCUCAGGAAAGUCCAGACUAACUCACAUCUGCAGGGUGGACUUGAAGUAAGACCCCUGACCCCUUUUCUUACUUUGUUUUCUCCUUGUACUCACUUAUACUCAAUUCUUAACUAAAUACACUCUUUAUGUUUCAGGGGAAGGACUCCAGACUGGUACAACAAAGCCUUUGGCCACCUGUGCGCUGCAGAAGCUGCUCGGAUCCGUAACUCUUUCCAGCCGCUUAUCACAGACGGACCAGAGACCAAAAUCUGAAACUCUUCGUCGGUUGUGUCUGCUGAGCUUUGAGAUUCAGACUGAGCCUUUAAAUCAUCGCUAACAGGCAGACACAAUAUAUAGACUGAACCCCAGAAGUAAAGCACAGUUUUUUUCAGAGAGGAAAAGCCUUAAAAUCACUUGGAGCUCCUCUGUACUUGCACAAUGACAGAAGAGGACAUCUUAUAGGUGCUGAGCAUAAAUACUCAACGGGAAAUUAAUCAUCCUGCCAAUGUCUUUAGAAUUAGGACCUUAUUUACCUUCAUGUUUCUAAACCUACAUAAUGUAAUAAUUAUUAUCUUUAAUAAUAUUGUAUUACUGUUACUUUAAUCGACAAUGUCUAGGACAUUCAAGCUCUUAAAUGCUUCUGGGAAGCAUGAAUAUCUUAUUCCUCUCAGAUUUUAAGCUAUAAUUAUAAUAUAGACUGAAACGUCUGUGUAAAUAUGUGUGUGAAUAUAAUGUACAUGCAACAACAUGUAAAUAUUGUAUAUAUGUGAAGGGUAAAAUAGUACAUAUGUUAAUAUCCUAUAUAUUGAUCCUGUCAGUGUCAACCUUCCUGUAAUACACAUGGUACAAAAUUGUAAGCUGGUUUUACUUUGCUUCAGUAUUGCCGUUUCUGAAUGGGUGUAAUUUUAUUAAACGUUGACCUCCUGUGGUUGUGAAAGGAAUGACUAAAGGUUUGACUCGGUCAUACCUGCUUAAAGGUACUGGAUUGUGCAGUCAAGUGCAAGACAAAACAUUUUUUUUAAAUAAAACUAUCAAAAUAAA